AUGGCGGUCAAACUCUCCCUCUUUCUUUUACCUUUCUGUGGUCUGGCUCCGGUCCCGUAACUUCUUGUCCAGCCAUUAAAGAAAACUGAUUUAUUAGAGUUUCUUCCAGGGACAGAGCGUUUAGCUUAGUAUGAAUAUUAUGCAAUCCAUGACUGAAUAUUUUCUCAGUAAUGAUUGUUGAAAGUGGGGUUGAAUCGCACCUUCUGUUUGAGCCUCAAUAAAAAGCUGCAGGAGGUUCAAACUGGUGCAGAGUUACUGGAAAUGAUGGAGAUCACAUUCACAGCCCAUUUUAAUCCGCAGAGAUGGAAAUGUGUUCAAGGUGUUAAAGAGGAAAGCUGGUUUAGUUUCCUCUCUAUUAGUCCGAAUGUACUCAUGAAACAUAUGUACAGUUUCACUCUGUUUGUAGGGUGUAGUGUAAUUUCAUAGGGAGAGUGUGCAGUAUUUAUCAAAACAGAUUUGGUGGAAAUGGAAUAUGAUAUUUACAAGUUUGUUUGAAUGAGUUUAUUGAGGUCUAUCUUUAGUGCUUUUGGUCUUUGCAUGAAUUUCAACGAGGAGAGAAAUUAAAUCUAUUCAACUUUAAACUUAAAUAAUGUAAAAAUAAAUGUUCAGAAAAUCAUCUCAGAUCAAAACACAGGGAUGAACUGAAGUCUGUGACAUCAGGAACUGUAUUUACUGUUUAGGUCUUGUGUUUCAGGAACUGUAUUUACUGUUUAGGUCUUCUGUUUCAGGAACUGUAUUUACUGUUUAGGUCUUCUGUUUCAGGAACUGUAUUUACUGUUUAGGUCUUCUGUUUCAGGAACUGUAUUUACUGUUUAGGUCUUCUGUUUCAGGAACUGUAUUUACUGUUUAGGUCUUGUGUUUCAGCUUUUAGGAUGAGAAGAAAAAAGUUCUGAUGGGGUGAUGAAGAAGAGUCUCUUCCUCCUCCCUGAAUGUCAGCAUGAUGAUUGUCCUCUCAGAUAAAAACAUUACAUUCAAAUUAGUCUGCGCUCUCUCUUCCUGCUCGUUGCAGUCUCUCUUUUGUUCUCAGACUUUAUCUUUAAACAUCUUCACGAGUUUAAUGUCACUGUUGUUUCUGUGAUGUGAAACAAGCAGAGGAUGCCAGCCUAGCCCGAGGACCUACUUUUUUUUUAACCUCGUUAAUCCUUAAAACAGUUUAAUGUCUUAAAUAAAGAUGUACACUCCUAUAAAAUAAAACAUCCAUUAACUGUUUUUCUUCAGUAAUCUCCCGAAGACUUAAACAGAGACACGAACUGAGAAGAGACAACCCUUAAAUGAAUUACACAGCAAAAAAAAAAAAGAAAAAGAAAGAAAGCAAACUACCUUAAUUCUUAAAAAGCAACACAUAUUCAAUCACAACAUAUUUAAUGACAUUUAAUGUUGUUUGCAAUACAAUACAACACAAGAACUUUAAUUAUCCCCAAAGGGAAAUUCAUUUGCUGUAUCAGUGAACCAUAAACUGAUGGUAAUAAAACUAUAAACUGCUUGUUUUAGUAUAGAAAACUGUAUAUUUGUUCAGCAAUUGUUUCGCAGGUUGAACCAGGAAUCUGUUUCUCGAGAUCACUUUUGGUGUCCCUCAGGGCUCUAUCCUGGGUCCUACUCAUAGACUGUUUAUACUAUGAACAGCUUGGUUCUGCCUUCAGCCAGUAUAUGGAUUUGAAGCCAAAAAGCUCUUGGCAGUUGCGUUGUACGCACUCCACCACUUGCGCAGCAGCAUUGUGCGCAUUCGGCGGGAGAGUCACCAAAAGUUGCUGUGAUGACACUCCGCUCAAACAGCGUAUCCCCCGGGUGAGCUAUGCAAUCUUCGUUCACCCAUAGGCUGUAUCAAGUGUUAAUCAAAGAAAACAUUAACCCCCUAAUAGCUUUUAAAAAUGGAGUUGUACAGAAAAAAGAGGACUUGAGCACAAACCAGUCUUACUGUAACCACAUGUCAACAUCGCAAGCAGGGGGGAGAAAAAGUUCAGUUCUGUGUAAUUAAUGUCUAAAGUUUGUCCACAGGUCCAUAGGGAUCACUGGAGGAGGCGGAGUUUAUGACCUAUACUGCAGCCCGUCACCAGGGUGUGCUGUUCUCGGAGUGGCUUCACCCAGCGAGGAGGCAGACUGUCCAUUCUAUAUACAGUCUAUGGUCCUACUCUAUUCUAUUUUGAAGAAGGACCUAAACAACGGUGUCAAAGUAAAAAUUGCACUUCUACACAGAUGUUAUUGUCAUCUAGCUCUCAGCAGAGAAGUUUCUUCAGUUACAAAAGCAGCUCAAGAGUAUCAGACGGUGUUUUAGAUUUUACCAACAGAAUUUAAAAAACAUUUUACAAGCUUAAAAAACAAAGUUUGUGGUCUAUUUGAAAAUAUAUAUUCAUUCUGAAAGCUAAGUCCCUAAAAAUAUAACCUCAUGAAAAAACUUGUAUAUAUGAAAUGUCAAGAGUUAAAAGAGGAAGUUUUUUUUUGUUUUGUUUUGUAAAUAAAUCCUGUUUGACUUCCUGUGCUAACAGUAAUAUUGGUGAUGAAUUAAUAAGUAACAAAACUGUGCCUAAUGUAGAUAUUUGCAUUUACGAGGUGGAUUUUAUUUUGAAGACUUUGCCCCACUUUCAUCCGGGUGUGUCAGUUUUCCCAUCUGACCGGAAGUACAUCGUGUAACGAGUCCAGCUUGACUCAAUUUCUCCUCCAAACUCUGCGCUCAGACCCUCGGCUGGUUUUCUCCUCCAGUGAAGCAUCCUCACCCCGCCAGCUCCACCGGGGAGUCCGGCUGAGUGAAGCAAACACACACCUUUCCUCUGAAACAGUGUGUUCGUGUGUGUGUGUGUCCGUCAGCAAACUUUGGAGACUUUUACGCGUCAGUCAGGCGCAGUUUGGAUUUCUCUGGUUUGGAGUUUGAAAAGUUGGAGCGCAGGAGAAACUUUUGACCGAAGAGGAAAAGUUCGCUCAGAGUUUGAGGAGAAGGAGAAUGAUCCUGCAGGGGGACCAGCUGCCGCUCCAGUGAACACAUGUGAGUACAAGGCCUCUCAAACAUGAAUAUUUACAGAGAAAAAUGAGUUUUAUGGUGAUGGAGGAAGACUUCUUUGUAAAGCAAAGAUUUUCGAGGAGUUGUUUCAGCGCAUUUUGGCAGCAGAAAGUGACUUUUUGCGCCGUUUUAGCCAUAAAACUGUUCAAAAAGCUCAAAUGCUGCUCUGACAUACGAUUAAUUUGUUCAUUUAAGUUAAAUUUUUAGUUGUGGUCCCUAAAUUUGCUGAAACAUCCUCAUCUGAGGCCAGCCUUUGCGCUCCAACUUGAUCCAAAGUUACGCACUCUGAUGGUUUUCUUUUUCUACCGUUUCGUUUUAACCCAUAAGUUUAUCUUUUUACACCUUUUCUAGAAGUUUAUCUCUUUUAUUUAUAGAAGUAGUUCUUUUAACUUUAAGUUUCUUCUUUGGAUGACUUCUGCCCCUCAGAGUACAUCCCAAAUACACGCCUAUGUCUAUGCGCAGCUUCAACAACCAGAUCUGGAUCAUUUACACUAGAAUUCAGGACUUUGUUCUGAAGUUGAAGCAAAAUAUAGAAAUCAUAGAAACCAGGCAGAGACCUGAGUUCUCUCUGUCUUUGUUUUGUGCCUGGAAGCUAAACUCUCCGCUUCAGCAUUAAAAAAAGAGAGGAAGGUGUGUUUCCAUGAUGCUGCUGGCUACCUAUAGCUGCAUAUGUUUACAAUCUCCAUACAGAGACACUUUGUUCUCUUUGAAUGGAAAAUCAACGUAAACUCUGUAUACUGUGGAGAUGUCAUCACUUACCUGCCUCAGGGAGAGAAAAACUGAAGCCAGAUUUUUUUAGGUACUAGACCCUUAUAGAAAAAUGUUUGUAAACACACUGAUGUCUCCAGCUGCUGCUUAUCGUUAUUCCUGCCAUGAUGACUCCAAAAUGCUUAAAAUAGUUGCACAAUGCAGAAAAGUGUUCAAAGUAACACCUUUAAAUGACUCUUCUCAUUAAACCAGCUCAAAAAAAUCUGUAUACUCUUCACUGACUUUCUAAAAAGACGGAUGAAAACUGCAAAAAUUUGGAUUAACGUGGAAAAGAUGAGUUUUUCCUAACAGGAACAGAAAGCUUUAUGGAGAUGUUUCUGGUUUAUUUUGUCCAUUUUUCUGUGUACAGUUGAUUUUGUUGCUGCGUUGUUUCUUUUUUGUUUGAAACCUAUUCUCAAGUCUUAAAAUUUUUUGUCUUUCUAUAAAGUAAUUUUGUUGUAAUUUAGCAGUUUUGUCUCUUUGUAGUCGUUUGGUGUCUCUUUGUGGUCCUUGUUUGGUAGUUUAGUGCUACAUUGUGUUUUUUUUUCUGGUUGUGUUUGGAAUCUCUUUGCAGCCCUUGUGUUUCCUUUUGGAGUUAAUGUUCAUCUUGUUGUUGUUGUGUUUAGUCUCCUUGGUCAUUAAGUGUUUGCCUCUUUGUUGUGAUUUUGUGUCUUUUUACAUCUGUUUACAUCGAUUGGCAUUUUUGUUCAAUCCCUUUGCAGUCUUUUUGCAGCUCUUUGUAGCUGUGUCCAGUCCCUUUGUUGUGCUUUUGUCUGUCUUUGUGGUCAGUAUUUGUCUUUUGUUUUUACUUGUGAAUGAACUUGUUUGUGUCUUAUUGGAGAUGCGUUUUGUCUCUUUGAUAUGUAUUGUGUGUAUUUGUUGUUGUAUUUUGCCCCUUUUUGGUCAUUUUGUGUCUCUUUAUUAAUGUAUUUCAUGUCCCUCUCUUGUUGCAUUUUGCCUCUUAGCCACCUUUUUGUUAAACAUCUGUUUGUUGCUGUUUUUUCCUCUCCGUGCUCAUUUUAUUUUACUGUUGUUUCAUGAAUCUUUGAAGUGUUUUCACAGUUUUUUUUUCACUGGCGUUUGUUUCAGUGGUUUGGUGUCUCUUUAAGAGGGUUGUGAUUCUCUCGUUUUGCAGGGAUUUGUAGUUUUCCUUUGAGUCUUCUGUCUUUUUAUAUGUCUUUGUUGUCCUUUUUUCACAUCACAUCUUUUUAGUUUUGUGUCUCUUUACAAUCAUAUUGGUCUCUUGGUUAUCUAUUUAGUCCAGACUUAUCUCCUCCUCAAGUUGAUUUGAGUCUUUUUUGUUUCUUUAUCACUUGGUAUGUUUGUAGUUUUGUGUCUUUGUUGUGCUUUUGCAGUUUUUUUCUGGAUAGUUCGAAUUCCUCUUUAGUUUUGUGUUGUUUUGAUUGACUUAUGGUAAAGAAAUAUUAACAAUUAUCACUCUAAAAUCCUCCUUUAUCAAAGCUACAGCUGUUUUUUGUGUUUAGGCUUCUUUUUAGUGAUGGUGUGAUUCAACUAUGGAAACAUUUUUGAGAUAUAAGUAUUUCAUUUGUCAUUUUUAGUCUCUGAUUUAAACACAGAUGUCAAAGAGAUCACAAAACUUUAUUAAAAUACCUUUGCCAAAAACCUCUGACAGAUUUCUGGCAAACUCACGAUUAUGUCUAAGAAAAAAAUUAAAAGGCGAGACCAAAUGUGGGAAAAUCUAAUAUUAGACAAAGUUUGAUGUUGGGUUGGGGAAGUAUUCAUGUGGGACGGUUGAAAGAUCCUCAGACAUCAAGGCGGGCUGGAGUUGGACCAAAUACCCUGAAAGAUAAUUAAAUAUUUUAGAGAUAAAAAUACCUUAAAGAAAACUUCAUAAGAAUAUCAGGCAGAUGUUAAAAUGUUAUUGUAAGAUUAAGAGUCUCAGCAGAGUCUAGAGGAAUUCACCUUAUCUAUGGAGCUGUCUUUAAGGUGGAUUUGCUGAUUCCUCCCAGCUGUUACUCAACCUUUGCAGGUGAUACACAGAAAACAGCAUGAAGGUGUGAACAGACUCUUUACAUAGAGACAGGAAGUGACGUACAGCAACAUCCUGGUCAGCAGGUCAUCUCUGAUGAGUCUCUUAUCCCUAAAGAUGGUCACAGGUGGAGGUUUAGAGGAAGAACCUAAAGACAGGCGCUUUUCCAAAGAAGGGUGACUGAAAUGAAGCUGGAGCUGAGUCCGAGUUUCAGGUGGACCAGGAAGGAAUGUGGUUUCAUUAAAAUAAAGGUGAGGGUGUGAUCUCUGACCCUGCAGGUGUAGUUUGAUCCUGAUGACAUUAGUCUGAGGAGGAGAUGGAGACGUCCUCCCUUUAGUGGCAACUUCAGACUGAUCUUUUUUGCUGCUUCUGCAGGACAUGAAAUCUCUGACUGUUUUUUAUUUUUUUUUUUCAAAAAAAAAAAAGAUUUGCAACCCCCCUCCCCCUCAAAAAAAAAAAGCAAAGAAAAAUCACCAAAUGUGAAUUUACUUUUUGUUUUCACUGAUGAUAUAAUGGACGGAAAAAAGUUUCAUAGAUGAUCCGUUGAGUUUCAAAAUCCAGACAUUUUUACGACGUCAAGACUUAAGCUUUUACUUUAUCAUGAUUCAGACCAAAGUCUCUCACUUUUAGCCCGUCAGUCGUUAGAUUGUGUUUACUACACUAAUGUGUUUCACUCCAUCCCUCAGCUUUUCAGACACACAUGGAAACACCAUCCUCCUCUUGCUCCUCUCCCAGCUCUCCUCUCUCCUCCUGUAGCUGCCUGUCUCACGUUGAUCUGUUUCAGUGAGGAGUCAGCUGACCUCCUGACCCCCUACAAGCCUUUCUGUGACCUUGAAUCCUCUAGAAGGUCACCAGUAUUCAUCAGGUGAAUUAAGAAUCUAGAGCUGAUUGAGUUUGUUUGGGUCCUUAAAUUGACCAGUUGAGGAGCUCUUUUAUUUUGGUCACUUUUAAAAACUCAGUAUACUUUUGAUUGUUCAGUUUAUUCGUAUUUGUAUUUAUUUAUUUAGCACAGAUUAAAAACAGUGCAGUGAAACUGAUAGGCUUAUAAAAAGUUUGCAUCCCGGUAGGGAAGUAAAGGCAUAGGGUGCAAACAACAAAGUCAUUCAGACAUAGACAGGUUAUAGAAAUACAAUGAGUAGAGAAAGAUCAAAACAUAUACAAAUUUUCAUAUAUAGAACAUAGACUAAUCAUCAAUCAGCCCAUCCAGAUAUAGAGAACUUAUAAGUAUACAUAACAUAAGAAGAAAAGAAGCAUGAACAUAACAGAUAAUGACAUGUUUAAGACAUGAUUAGAUGUGAUUUUAAUGAUAUUUUAAAGGAUGAUAUUGAUUUAAGAGAUACAAUCCAGAUUAUUCCAUAGUUUCGGUCCUCUAAAAGUGACAUUAGACUGAUGACAAGAAGUUCGACAGAAAGAUAACUGAAGAUAGCCGUUUUGUCUUGUUGAGUAUGGGUAUUGUUUCAAUUGUUUUAUAACUUUUGUUGGGUUUUAAGAUAUCUUAUCAACUUUUUUACAUUUUAAGUGCUUAGUAACUUGUUUUAAAAGCAUUUGUAAUUAUUAGUAUUGUGAGCAGCAAGGUUGAAGAGAGCAGCUAAGCACGCUCAGUCCAUUUCUGCACAUGCUCAAAAUGUGGUUUUCUCCACAAAGGUUGCAAAGCAGAGCAAUGUUGCGAUGGAUUGCAGUGAAAGUGCUCACAAUGCUAAUAAGUGCACGGUCUACACGUUGCGUGCACAGCUCUUCCAUAACUUUGAAUCUGGCUUAACUCCUGACCUUUUGUCUUCAUUUUGACGCCAUAUUUCUGCACCAGUGUUGGAUAACAGAGAACAGACCGAACUCAAACAUGCUGCCGCUCCACAGUCAUUAUUCUGUAUAAAUGUUUUCAGAGGGAGGAGGGAGCCGAUUUAUGUAAAUACACUCACACUGAUUUACAGAUUUACUGCCCGUCAUAUAACUGGAUGUUGGCAGAAAUCAGAGUCCUCCACCAACGCUGGGAGAUUCUUAAAAUUGCGACACACUUCAGACUGUGGGUACACCGCCGGAUAAUUUAGAGCCCUAUUACGACUCCGGCCUCCACCCUCAGAUCAGAUCAGAAUAGCAAAACAGCACAUAAAAGCAGAAGUGCCGCACAUACCAGAUGAAGAGACUACAGCACAACACCAACGCAGCAAAAUUAAUAUUGAUGAAAAGUGUAAAAAUCACAAAGAAAUUCUGUCCAAACAGCCCAGAAAGUCUGAAAUCUCUUUGAGAAACAUGAGUUUGAGUUUCAGCUGGGAUUUGUCCUCAUGUAAAGGUAAAUAUCGAAGAUAUUUUCAGGUGUGAAAUCCACUCAGAUCCCUGACUUCAGGGCGGCUGUGGCUCACCCUGCGGACACAUGAAUCACCCUCUUUAUUUGUGGUGUCGGCGGCCUCGUCCGCUGACCUCGCUCCUCUUGUCAUUCACUCCCAUUUCCACGGCUGAGCCGGAGGCGGGGAGACGAGGAAACAAGGGAACACGCCACACGAGUCGACAAAGAGGCGAGUUUUCUUUAAUGUCAGGAGCUGCAUGAAUUUUCAGCUCGACAAAGCCGGACGCUGAAAAUGAAAUCUGUUCUCUGCUUUAAAUAUUUAUGAUGCACACAGUGAGAGUCAGAGUGUGGCAGGGCUGAGUUCAGCACAAAUGGAGGGAGAGAAAGCAAGAUUUCAUUAAAAGUUCACAAGUCUCAAAGUUUGAUUUUUUACCUUCUGCACUUUUUAGUAUUUGAUCAGGCUUAAUCAGACGGAGAGAGCAAACGUGGAAGUCAAACACUCACUCAGAUCCUCCAAAGACAAACAGAUUAGUUUCUAUGAGCUAAAGAUCAACCAGACUAACUUUGAGAACUCUGUGACUUCUGACAAAAAGUAUCUCUGACUCCAGCAGGUCCAAACUGAUCCAAGAGGAGCUCUGAGAGUUUGCUUAAGUUUUACCGUCAGCACUAAAGUUAGCAAAAGUAAAGAACCACAUGAACUUGUUGAAAGCUGUUCAAGUUUAAAGGUCAGAAGCUGAAUGUUCAGAAGACUUUAUCUGGAGUCUGCCAGUCCUCGCCAAACUUUUUAUAAAGCUGUGACGAUCUCUGAACCGAGUUUUUCGAGAAAUCCACUUCUUUUUCGUUUCUAUGUUGUAACUCCGAGUGUGAAGGAGGAGCUGAGUGUCUGACAUCACCGCUGUCACCGCUCGCUUUUACAGUCUGCUGACAGAUAUUUAUGUUUCAGUGAAACCAGCCAAACUGAGAUUUGGCUCAGGGUGCUGAAGUCCAAGUUGGAGGUUUGAAGAAAAAACUAAAGAGGAGAGGAGACACUGAUGAUAUAAUUUCCUGCUGAGACACCACCUUAUGUUCAUCUCUUUUCUCUUUUCUGUUUGGAAAAAAUCAGGACGUUAUUCCUUUUUCGUCUUGAGUAACCAGCAGAAAGACAGUUUGGAGCUGCAGGUUCAGCGUUCAUUAGCAGACAGGAGUGUACAGAUCAGCUGAUAAUGACAGUGACCUGCUUUCUGUUGGUGCGUCAUGCUCUCCAGGUGUUUAGCCAGAUUAGAUUAGAUUAGCGGUUUCUCUGCUGGGAGAAAUUUGUUGAAGGCAAACACGAGUGAGCACACGAACAAUCAAACUAUAUUUAACAACACUAUCAUGCUCUGAUCAGGCGGAUUUUUCAUGAUAUCUUUGAAGCAGUGUUUCGGGAGAAAUACAGAUAUUGUGUGCAGGAUUAGUCAGGUGUGGUUGGAGCAGAAGCAGCCGCUCCUGACCACUCAGGUUCCCAGAAAUAAAUGAUGACAUCACCUUCAGAGUCAAAGUGAAGCUGAAGAAUAAAAGAUGGAGGGGAGCACAAUCAGAGUCGAUGCUGAUGAAAAAAAAUCAUGUUUGAUAUCUUUAGAGGCACCUAAGCUUGUUAUACAAAAGAAAAUCAGCAAUUUUAUUUUGAACCCAAAGCUGCUGUAAAGAGAGCGCUGCUAAUGAAAACAAAGCAGUGAAAUAGAAAUAUUUUAUCUACACUCUUAAAGACCUGCAGACAUCCACAUGUCAGCAUAAACCUGCAGAACUGGCUGCUGGGUGUCAUUUGCUGCUGUGGUUGUGCUUCUUCCUGCCUGCUGUGUGUCUUUGCUCUGCCCUCCAUCACAGACGCUUCAGAGUUAACUGUUCUAUUUCACAGGUUAGCGAAAACUAAUAUUUUUAUGAGUCCUUUGGCAUCUCAUGAAUAUACAAUUGAGCACAGUGUUAGUUCAGGCAGGCUCAUUUUUCUCAUAUGUGGUGUCACUGAUGCUUGCUGUUCUGUACUGAAGGUCUUUGCUGCUGCUCUCCCUGCCCCAGCUUUGGCGUUCCACAUUACCAUUCAGGGUCAGAUGUCGCUCUUCGUUUGGUCACUUUGGUGCAAGUACUUCAUGUUUUGUUGCUUUAUUGGAAAUUCUGAUGAAGUGACAACUCCAGCUUUAAUCAGACACUCACACCAAGUGCGAGUAAAAUCAUCUACUCGAAUGAAUAGUAUUUACUCGCUUUAUUCUUGCAUCAGGUAAUUUCAAUGGUUAUCCCUGCCAAUUCAACCGGCGGGAUCAAGUGAUAGCCAGAAGUCUUUUACAAUUUACCAGGUAAUCUGACCUCCUCACUCACUUGCCUCCAGGUGAGCUCCUUUUUAUUCCGGCUUCGAUAAUUGAAAGAAAAGGUAUCAUAUAAUUAGCAGCACCCACACACUGACAUGAUCAGUUUGUCCUCCAUUUUAGAUACCAGUGAACAACCCUCUAUUUUCAUAUGCCACCCGGCAACCUUCGUGCUAAUUAGUUAUCAUGACGCGAAUAUCCGCUCAAGUUGAGACAUUUUCAGCUCACACCAAAUUUGCGUCAUUCCUGUCGCCAGAAUAGUAGGAGCGUCUAAUCGCGUCUUUGCAUUGACUUAACAUGUAAUUCAUUCGCACGAAUGAUUUCACUCAUGCUUGGUGUGCAGAGACAGUAAGUCAGGCUGUAAACAAAGUCAGUGUAUGGCAGUGAUCAUCUACUGGCGGCCCACCAAACCUUCCAAUCUGGCCUGCAACUGGAUUCCAUAAUUAUGAGGAUCAAAGAGAAAAUAUCAUGUGGUCCACAUUAUUAAAGCAACUGAAAACAGCAACAACUGAGACUCUGAACUAUCAGUAAUCCCCACCAUUUAUGACUCUAUAGGUGAUAGAAGCCUGACUCAUAAAGGCUAAAAAGGCCUUCAGUUUUUUCAUGAAAUGGAAAAAAAUAUAUAAACAAUAAACAUCAAAUAAUAAUGGUAUGCCAAAAUUUGAUUUUUAAAAUUUUUUAUUUGAAGGUCUGGCCCCCAAGGUGACUGUCUGGUAAAAUUCUGGCCCUCUGACAAAUAUAGUUGGUGACCCCUGGUGUAUGGAAAAGAAAGCCUCGGCUGUCUUCCUUUAUCCCUAACAACUGCCCUCUAAGUUUGUUGUCACUCCAGAAGCUACUUUUGCUUAGAAAUCAGUAAAUUUAGAGACAUACUAUAACCGAUAUGUGAAAUUUAACCUGAUGUAACAAAGAUGAGUUUUGACAGGAAGUCUGCUCUCACACAAAUAAACUCAGUACAAAAACAGUUGGAAACGAACAGUCAUCAUCAGCCUGUUUCCAUGGCGAUCCCCCGACAAAAUGAGCAGUUUCUCCUCCUCAGGUUUGAUCUCUUACAUCAGUCUUUAAACUCCUGACCUGUGAGUGACUCCCUCCUCAGGCUGUGUAAGCUCCUCCACCUUCAGUUUGAACCUCCAGCAGGGAGAUAAAAGCGUCUGACCUCCCCUCCUUCAACACCAGGAGAAACUCAGCUGUCAGACUGUGUUUUAUAAAUGUGUGUGUGUGUAGAUGUGUUACACAAAGCUCAAACAGAGUUAAAGCUGAGGAACAGUGUGGUCUGCUCCUCUCUGACCUCAUCUGUCCUGCUGAGAGAUACUGAAGGAUUAAAGCGGCCAAAAAGUUUAAUCCUUGUUUCUAAAUAAUACUUAAAUCAUCUCCUGUUUAAAGUGGUUAUAUCUAUUUCAUACUCAUACAAAAAGCCAAGGCAGGGAGAGCAGCAGCAAAGACCCCAGGAACAGACCUGAGCAGAAAGUAAACUACGAUCUUGAGUUACUGCAAAAACAUGUAUUGGCUGUAAACAGGCUGAGUCAGUAAACAAGUGCGACCACACUUCCUCUCUGGUAUGUAAACUAUGUUGGAUACUGGUGUGAAAACCACAGCAGGUUCAUAUUGUUCUCUUUUUGACUGAUGCUUUCUGUGUUCCUGCAGGGAGUCCUGUACAGGCAGCAGAGGAAGAGGAGGUGGAGGUGGAGGAAGGUGGAGGCUCCAUCAUGUGGUCCUGGUCGUCCUGCUGUGGAUGACCCUGCAUAGAAACGGUAGGAAACUGUCAUACAUGUGGUCCAAAAUGGAGGGCACCAGGGUGGGUUGUUUUUUACAACUAAAAAGUUGAUCACCAAGAGUUGCUCUCACAGCUUGAAACCAACAGAUGUGCCACAGAAAAGAUUUUACGUCAUUUAGACCCAAAAUUUUAAUUAUGAAAUGCGCUUUAACUGGACAAAGAACCGAACGCACAGCAAAAAAAUUAAACUAGGAGUUAAGCUCUAACAUAUAUGGUUUAUUAAUUUCAACAUUUUAGAUGGAAAAGCAUUUGUGGAGCUAAAAUAAGGCAUUUCUGAAACACAGUGGUGUCAUCAGCGUACGGUCGAAGCUAACUUUGGUGUCUCUGCUUCUAAAUCAAGUCUGUGUCCCAUUUUUUUGUUUUUCUCACCAAUAAUACAAGGCAAGGUUGAAUCUGAAGUAGUUCAAUGUAAAUCUAGUUUAAAGACAAACAUGUCCACCUUAAUUUUGAGCUUCCUUAUUAUAAAACACAAUAUAUUAUAGGUUACCACAGCAGAACCAUAGAUGUGUUUAGUACCUUCAUCAGUAAAAUAAAGGACUAUAAAUCAAUUUACAUACUUAUUUACAUACAAGAAACCAUCCAGUUGGUCAGAGGUCUUUAGACUAUCACAGAAGCUGAAGGUUGUCUCGCAGUCAUUAAUUUAAACUAUAUUAGCCUAGCAAGAGAAGCUAAAUUCUCCGAAUACCAUGCUUGUCUUACCCUAAACCCUUUCAUAAAGCUGUCCUAGAUCCUGGGACUUUUUAAAAUCGGAGUUAAGGAAACGAGGGGUUUUCUCGAUUUUUACCUUCAGACACAGAGAAAAUAAACGCUGUUCAGUCUGUAAUAGUGUGUCACAUGACUGUAAAAUGUAAACAUGUAUGAGUCGCAAAGCUGCUGCAGCCACAGAUACCUGACAAAUGCUGGAUUAGGAGACAUGUUUAUAAAGAUGGAGUUGUUGUGGUCUGAACACUGUGCCAUAGAAGUCAGAUGUGGAUCUGAAAGUAGGAAACACACUGAAAGUUCCAAAUAUAAAUAGUAUCACUGUGUUACAGAGCUCUUAAAGUACUCGUACAGUGUAAGUGUCCUCACAAGUGUAGGAACAGAUCUGUGAGCUGUGGUCUACGGUGUUGGUAAAAUUGAUGAUUAAUGCUGCGGUUAAUCAGACAGAUGACACCACAGCUGCAGAAACUUCCAGAGCUGUGAGAGCAACGCUGCAGAAACAGAGAAAAUAACCCACUUCUGUAACUGAAUGAAACCAUAAAAUCCUCCAUUGCCCUCCGUUAGACGAGCGGUAGAGCUGUGAAUGAACACUCUGUCAUUAAAUGUAAUGAUUUUAGUGUCUAAUUUGCUGGAGAUAGUAUGAUAUUUAAUGUUUAAUUAAAGCCAAAUGAGACUACUUCUUCAUAUGAAGGGUCUAGCAGGCUUUAAAAUUAUACUUUUUAUAUUUUUUCUCACCCCGAAGCAAGAAAAUUAAAUACUUAGUGACACAACUUUGCUUUUAAUGACCCAAAAUGAAGUGUAAUGUAUUUUUUUAUGUUUAUGAGCUGAUUAGACAGAGUUUUUAGGGCUUAAGGGGAAAAGUGCUGCUUUUAAUUACAUUUCUGAUUGUUGGAUGCCUUUUAUAGUUCAGCCUUAGCAGGUUAAGUAAAUGUACAUUAUGAAUAUAGUUCAGCACUUUGGUUAUAUGCUGCUGCUGUUUGAUUCUUUUGUUCUCAUCCAUGUUUAUGCCUCCAUUCAUGUUUAAUUUGUCAUGUCAUCCAUGUUUUCCAUGUUGUGUUUACCUGCUGUUUGAAGAAAAAGCUGCAUUUCUUCUUUAAAAAGAGUUUUGCCAUCAGUUUCUUUAUAAAUAAACUCAUUUGAAACACGAGACUUGAUCCCUCCGAGCCGAAAAGAAGCUCUGUGUGUAAAUACUGGAAAGCUGUUAUCCUCUGAGAUGCAGCAUUUUCAUCUGACAGCAGUGAUUUAUCAGAUUUCCAUCUUUCAUUUGUGUCUUUCCCUCCUUCCAUGUUUCCACCGUCCAUGCACUUGUUUCCCUUUCGCCUCGUCUCAUUUCUACUUUUUCUUGUUUUUUUAAACUCAUAUUUUCCAUCUCUGCCCCUGAGCAUGCCUCGUUUCCUCCAUGUCACGUGCUCCCAUCAAUGAAACUCCAUGCCAUGAUGCAGAAAAAGUCAUGAAAUCUGCCGCAGGAAUCAUUUCCAUCUGGGUUAGGCUUUCAUCGAUGUGGGGAGAUUUUAUUCGGAGACCAUGUUGAAGCAUUUGCAGCUCAUCUCCAGUCUUUGAUGCUUCCAUUCAUUCUUUCCAAAUAUUGUCAGACAUUCAUCUCCAGCUGCUUACUUUGCUUCUGUAGUCACACGGUCGCAUUAUAAAGCCUGUAAAGUCGCUGCAACUGAUUUUUACUCAGUUUGUUACAAAGACAGAAGAAGUAGCCUUGGCCAUUUAGGUGUUAAUGUUUCAAAACUGGGAUUUUGGAAAGAGCUGUAAAGAAGUGAAGAGAAGCAAGUAUGAGCUGGUACAAUUUUGGUGCAUCUGUUAUUUAAAGUCAGCUUUCACACAGCCGACAUGCCUGUUAUGUAAAUAUCCAAGGUAGGGUACAGUCAGGAAAGAAAGGGAUUUACCAGACCCAACUAGACCAAUCCAGACUAAAAUGCACCAAAAGACAGUGACUAACUACAGAGCUACAUGGUGGUGUUAAUUGUUUGUUUUUUUGCUUCUUGUAUCCAGUGUCCAAGACGACCUUUACCUCCUUUAGUUCAGAGAUUAGAUGCAGUAUGUAUACUUGUUGGUAUGACUGUGGAAUCAAAGACAAUCCAUAUGGCACUAGUAAAAUCAUAUACAGCAUAAAAAAGGAGGAGCUGGGGUGGAAGUGGGCUGUAAUGGUACACUGUUGUAUUUCUUGUUGGCUUGAUCAUUGUAUGUUUUAGUAUUUACUGCAAAACAUACCGUCUCUUUCAGGGAUAAUAGAAACUACCGUGCAUGUUUGCAUAUUAUGAUCGCACAACUUUUGCCAAUCAAUCCAUUCAUUCUGCUUUGGAUUACAGCCUGAGAAUUCAAAACAACAGAUGUCGUAUGUUGUGCAACAGAAGGUGUUUGUUUUCCUGGCUCACACACACGUUUAUUUUCUUUCCAAUGAAGUCGGAUCGCAGAUUAUAAUUCAAAACCUAUGACUCCACAUGCUGUGAAUAACACUACUGCAAGAUUUAAAGUGCAAGUUUGUUUCAUAUCAGGAAAAUGUAAGUUCUUAAAGUGGAUCUUACUUGCUUUUUACAGUAAAAAGAGAGCUGAGUCUGCAGUGUGCUUAUCAUAGUUCUCUGAUAAUCCACAGGGCUAUAGAGGCAUCAUUAUUAGACUAAGUUUUACUCACAUCUUCAUCUUAUUAGUCGCUCUUUGCUGCUGAGUCACAUGUUUGUUCUGGUUUGUUUCUUUAUUGCUUGUUUGCUUAUUAAAAAGUUGGUUCGCUCGACCAAUGACUGUUCCUUGUUCCUCUGGUCUUCCAGAAAACUUAACAUCUUAAAGCUGUUUUUUAUGUGUGUGUUUUAUACGUGUGUGCAGUCGGGCAGUGCCGCACUCAGUGAUGAUGUAACCGAUGAUGUCAUUGCAUGGUCAGUGUGUCAGUAGGUCGGUCUGGAAAGUUAAAAAUGGAAAAGCACAAAAACACAGUCAGACAGUUCAUUUACAUUCAGUUUUUCAUGAAUAAUUUCAUGUUGCGGUUGAACAAGAGCCGACUGUGUGUUGGUGUUUGUGUGUCUGCCAAAAGUCUGCAGACACCUGGACGCUCCCUCCACCUGCGACUGUGACAUCAUGCUCAUAAAGCUGCUAUUUAAAACCUCCUCCAGCAGAUGUUGAACCAGCUGCAGAGCUGCUCACUCUGGCUUCACUGAGUUCCAACUCGGAUGCUUUCUGAUUGGUCCAGACACUGUUUGCCAUGUGGUACAUUUAGAUUUCUGCUGUUUCUCUGAUAGAGCAGGGCUUUCUUCUCUUAGGCUAUGGUCUCGACACACCUUUUUUGUUUCAUAAUAGCUCUUAUGUUGGUGUUUCAUAAUGGUUACACGUGCUUUUGUCUCAGAACACAUGGAUAAACAUAUGGUAAAGCGCCUGGAAAAGAUUACUUAGAAUCGGUGAAGAGCCUUUGUUGUCCAUUUCAUCAAUCAACCCAAACCUCAACCUUAAACUCUCAGUGUGUGUCGGCAUGCAGCCACUUCAUCCAGUCAUCACUUUUACCCCCCAGACCCCACUUUGAGUAGAAAUAUAAUGCACCCAUCUUUGCACAUUUUGGCUGCUUGGAUCUAGGUGUGGUUCACAGCACAGGUGGUGCACUGCUAUUUGAAGGAUACAAAAAGAGACUGUGCUGCACACCAAGUAUAGCUCAUUCCACUGUGGAGUGUGUGCAGGGCUCGACAGUGCGACCAUUUCACUCGCAUUUGCGACUUAAAAUAGAUGUGUGCAAAUUGUAAAAUGUAUCUAUGUGCACAUAAAAAAAAUUAGCCGAGGCAACAAAUAUUUUUUCAUGUAAAUAUUGCGGUGAAGUUAGUUUCAGGUUGGCUAUUUGACGGACAUUCACUGCGGAUGUACUGGUGUCUUCUAACGCUCCAUAACCGGUUAUAGCAACAGUUAAAUCUACUCGGCCCCCCUCACUGUCAACGUCGGGUGUUGAAUAAGGGACCAUCAAUAAAUUACCGGUUGAUGUUCUCAGAAAAGGAUGUUUUCCCUUGAUAGCUCCCAUGUCAUGUGACCAAAUGGCCUUAAAUUGAUUUAAAAUAAUUAAAUACUUAUGUCGACCAAUAAGACACACCUCUUUAUUUCACUAACUUGUCCUCAUGAAUUUUUUGUGUUAAAUUUAAAGGCAAAUUUUGAAGAUUUUCUUCAAUAGCUUCCAUGUCAUGUGACAAAAAGACCUAAAAUUGAUUUCAAAUAAUACUUAUGUCGACCAAUAAGACAAAUAUUAUUUGGUCAAUUUUCAUUGUGCCCCUAAAGUUCUUUGUGUGCUUCCUACGUUUUCAACUUAGCAGCGCAUGUGCCCUUUAUGAAUAAAGUUAGUGUCAAGCCCUGUUGUGUGUUACUUAAAACAUCUUAAAAGGUUAAUUCUCUGAAAAACUUGAAAAACAGUUUUGCCUUUUUAUUUACUGAAGCAUAUCUAGGGAGGAGAGUUGCCUGUUAGCAUCCACUAAAAACACUGUGAUUGUUGAAUCUGAGUUUUUAGAUGAAGAGAUGGAGAGCUAUUGUCGCACUCAUCUAUUUUAAUCACUAUAAUGCUCUCAGUACGGGCUGAUUAGGAUGCCAGAAGACAAGGACACCCUCGCCUGCAAGAGCCAAAUCUCCAGCCCAAGACAAACAUCCCAGGUAGGGAUAAAACGUAGAUCAUCUUGGUUGGAGAUGGGGAAAGUAGUUCAGUGGGAAGAUGGUGGAAGGUGGAGAAUCUUGGCUGCUUAUGUUUUCCAUUUUAGCGUCAAAAUCACUUAAAACUGAAAAAUUAGAGCAAGAAAAAAGGGGGAGUUUGUGUGUGUGUGUGUGUGAGAGGGAGAGAGAGAGUUUAAUGUAUUUUCCAUACUUUACCAGCAGCCUUAAGCCAAACUGCGCAGUUCACACACUCAUAAAGUUCCCAGCAGAACCAAACCACAGCACACACACACACUCACAAGCUCUACUCUUAUUACAGGAACACGACACAUGUACAGUGUGCUGGUGUGUGUGAGUGUGUGUGUGUGUGUAGAACAAGACCAGGAAGCUGAAAUGGUUUCAGGUUAGGUGGGAAAAACUUUUUUGUAAAGAUGUAAUAUCUACCAAACUUGGAGACGGCCCAUCAGUAAGAUGCUCUGAGGGAGCGGAUCACCAGCGAUCUCGGCAGAGGGGGACUUUCAAUAAAUCAGAUCCCACCCAUCUUAUCUUUAAUUCUGGGACAAGGACAGUAGAUUGUUGCUCAACCUAACCGUCCAUGGAAACAUACAAAGAUUAAUUGCAGCAACCGGUUAUUUAUGAAGCAGUGACAUUUGAAGUAAUUAUGCAUAAACCAAAACUAUCUUUGCAAUACCUCACCCAGAGACAGUGAGAGAAAGAGAGAGAGAGAAAGACAAAAAGAGAAAGAGACAGAGAUUUGGGGUUUAAAAAGAAAAGAGAAAGAGACAGAGAGUGAGAUAGAAAUAGAAAGACAGACAAGGACACAGAAGAAAAUAGACAGACAGAGCUGGGUGUUUGUGUUCAUACAUAUUUAAUCACAUAAUGUCAGCAUUUGCUGGUGGGGAGGACGAGACAGAUUUAAUCGGCCAUCCUCCCCUCACUACUCUCCUUCUUCUUUUAAUCACUUUUUGUUUACUUUCCUUCACUUUCCUUCUUAAAUCAACUCUUACUCUUUUGCCUUUGACAGUCCACUUACACAGGUAGAUAUAACCUGCUGAUAAACGAGUUGAUGAGUCAUCUGGGUCUGAAUCCGGAGAAUAAAACAAGCCCCCUCAGCUGUCAUACGGUCCACUCUGUAGUUAGUUAAAUUUGAGACAUUCUUGCCUGAUUUUAGGUUUUCAGCCGCUUGGGGACUCCUUUGUUAUGCAUUUCAUUUCAUGGUGCUCCAAAUGUUUUCAAUGGGCGACAAGUCAGGAUUACAGGCAGGCCACUUUAUCAGCAGGACUCUUCUACUACAGAGCCAUGCUGUUAUAAUCCCCGCAGAAUGUGAUUUGUCAUUGUCUUCUUUAAUAUGAAGGUCUUCCCUGAAAAGUCAUUGUCUGGAUGGCAGCAGAUGUUGCUCCUAAAUCUGUAGAUAUUGUACAGCAUUAAUAGAGCCUUCAUGGAUGUGGAAGCUACCCAUGACAUGGACUCUGAUGAUCCCCGUACCAUAAGGGAUGCCGGCUUUGGACUGAGAAUGUUCACAGCCAUCCAGUGCUUUAUGGCUUUGCUCCUUUUGUACAGAGAUGUCUCUGAAUCUCUGAACCUUUAUACUACGUACCUUUGUCCCAUUCUCUUUCACCUCCUCCUGCCCCUGGAUGCCUCUCUGAAUUAUCUCUUAUUGAAAGACUGAAGGAUAAGGAGAGGGGGAGUUUAAACACCUGUGGGAGUGAGUCAGUGCUCACCUGCAGAGACAGACAGAGAAUUCAGAUCCUGACUCCGGUCUGCUCAGCAACAAAUACCUAGUUUAAUAUUGAAUCAGUGCAUUGUGUCAAGGGGUCAGAUACAGCUAAACUGAGACUGGACAGAGACAGGAACGGUGAAACUGAGACUCAACAGAGACAGAUACAGUAAAACUAAGACUCAGUGUAGACAGAUACAGUAAAACUGAGACUUAACAGAGACAGAUACUGUAAAACUGAGACUCGACAGAGACAGGAACAGUGAAACUGAGACUCAACAGAGACAGAAACGGUAAAACUAAGACUCAGUGUAGACAGAUACAGUAAAACUGAGACUCAGUAUAGACAGAUGCAGUGAAACUGAGACUCAGAAUAGACAGAUGCAGUGAAACUGAGACUCAGUAUAGACAGAUGCAGUGAAACUGAGACUCAGUAUAGACAGAUACGGUGGAACUGAGACUCAACAGAGACAGAUACAGUAAAACUGAGACUCAGUAUAGACAAAUGCAGUGAAACUGAGACUCGACAGAGACAGGAACAGUGAAACUGAGACUCAACAGAGACAGAAACGAUAAAACUAAGACUCAGUGUAGAAAGAUACUGUAAAACUGAGACUCAGUAUAGACAGAUGCAGUGAAACUGAGACUCAGUAUAGACAGAUACGGUGGAACUGAGACUCAACAGAGACAGAUACAGUUAAACUGAGACUCAGUAUAGACAAAUGCAGUGAAACUGAGACUCGACAGAGACAGGAACAGUGAAACUGAGACUCAACAGAGACAGAAACGGUAAAACUAAGACUCAGUGUAGAAAGAUACUGUAAAACUGAGACUCAGUAUAGACAGAUGCAGUGAAACUGAGACUCAGUAUAGACAGAUACGGUGGAACUGAGACUCAACAGAGACAGAUACAGUAAAACUGAGACUCAGUAUAGACAAAUGCAGUGAAACUGAGACUCAGUAGAGACAGAUACAGUGAAACUGAGACUAAGGAUAGACAGAUGCAGGGAAAUUUGGACUCAGAUAAGGCAGAUACAGUAAAACAGAGGCUCAGCAAAGACAAAUUUGGUCAAAAUUAGUCCUACCUGAACCUGAUUCAGCAAACCCGAGACUUAAUAGAGACAGAAAUAGUGAAACUGAGACUCUGCAGAGAUGCUUCACAGUUGAAAUACACCUCCAGUACAGUUUUGAUUGCUUUGAUGGAACUUUUUUGGGUCUGUAGAAAACCUGAAUUCUUUAUCUUUCAGCAUUAAAGUAGAAAAACCUUUAAUGAGUUUGUUCAUUUUAAUUUCCACCAGGCUUGAAUCUGUAUUAAGAUUUCUUUAUUGUCUCUCAGGCAGUUUUUUUUGUAAACACACAUUUAUUUCUAUAAACAUGUCCAGGAGGCUGCAGCAGGUGUUCAAAGUUUGAGGAUCAAAUUAUAUUUACUCGGCAUGUGGCCCAGAAAAAAAAGGCAAACUGAGGGAUAAAGAAAGAAAGCAUUAAAUAGACUGCAACAUAGAGCAGGAGGAGAGGGAGAGGAAUGAAUGAGGGAGGAGAGAGGAAUGUGAGUGAAAGAAUGUGAGAGAAACGCUAGAAAGGACAGAGAGGUGAAAAAAGAGAAGGGCAGGUUGAUGGAAGCCAGCUAAUCUCCAGGAUUAGAGUCUAAAAAAGAGGGAGAGAGGAGAGGAGGGUAUUUUUAGUAUCUUUAGGUUUUCAAGAAUCCUGUUUAUCAGCUGAAAUAUCACUGAUCCUUUGGAGUCAUGGUGAAAUGUCAGCAGCUCAUUGAAAGCUGUUUGGUACCUCAAAUGAUCGGUUUAAGUUCUGUGAAAUUUUGGUGUAUGAGACGUACUCUAAAUAUCCCGUUUUAUUUAACAGGUGUGAUGCAUCCUGUACAUCAGUAUAAAAUGCAGACAGAGGUUUUUAGGCUCUCAAAGUAUUUUACCCACAAGUUGGGGCUGCAAAAGACAACUGCCACCAUGACCACCAAUACGGCUGUCAUCAGCAGGAGACGGAGAAAGGAAAAGCCGACAAUGAUGAUUAAAAUGAUAAUAACAAACACCAGCUGACGAAUUAAACAACUAUAACCAUGAAACUUAGCACUACAGCCUGUAGCAGCAUGACUAUAGGAUGUUUCAGGCCUAAAUCAUCCCUAGCCAUUAGUCGAAGCCUACAGCAGUCAAAGCCUAGGGGCCGCUCAAAGUCUGAGCUGACCCCAACCAUACGUCCAUAGCAGCCUAAGCCUCGCGUAGCAUAAAUACAGUCUGGCCCAAGCCUUAGUUAGUCCUAUCAAAGACUUGGCCUAUAACAAUGCAAGCUCACAGCAGUAUACACCGAGGGGACUUUACCAAGCCUAAGCCAACUUUAGCCUACUUAAUGCCUAUUCCUACUAAAGCCUGAGCCCAUAGCAGCAGUUUCAACCUAAAGCAGCAUUACCAGGGCUCUAUCCCUUACUGUAAGCCUAAAUCCGUCAAAGUCCAUUGUAUUUGCAGCCUAUAUUGGCAUUACUCUGAUAUUAAUGUUCUGGCUCUUUGUCCUGCUGAUGCUAACAAUAGCCCAUUAACCACAUUUAAAUUGUCAGUCAUGCAGCAGAAAAAAAGAAAUAUAUGAGUGCAGCUAACCCAGCUGACCCAAUAAGACACAAAUCAGAAACUCUUGCAAACUUAGAUUCUCUCGUCUCUGUUUCAAGAUUCAAACUUUAACAUAUAAAUCUGCCCAUAGAGCAAAAGAAGACUCUCCUUCAGCAUCAACCUCCUAAUUCACAGUUUUAAUCAUUUCUCCUCCUUUAAAAGAGCCCCUCCUCCUCCUUCAGGACCUCAGUCUGUCCAGCUUCUGUUCUCCCACGUCAGUUUGGGAACAAAGAGCUUUUGUUUCUUCCUCUGCCGGACGGUAAACGAACAGAAGUUUGGGUUUUUGUGGUCCGUUGCUGCCUGGCAGAGAAAUGUACCCACAUGUUGUGGUUCUGGUGAAGCCUGGUUCCAAUGUUCUGUGUGGGAAACAAUCUCCCUCAUUUCAUCAGCGUUUUCAGCCGCAGAAGCGGCUGCUGGCUCAUCCCGGAGUGUCAUCACUCACUUCUCUGGUUUUCCCAGCUGUCCUGUUGAAUAGAGCUGUACACAGAGGCUGACAGACAGAGUCUACCACCACAUCGAGAACCUAUGUUUGGUCAUGAUGGCAUGAUCCCAAUGAAAGUCGAGGAGUGCAGCUAAGUAGAGACACCACUUUCCAAAAGCACAGGUCCAUUAGAUAACCUAAGUGCACUUAGUCGAGAGGAAUCUGCAGUCGUGGGUCUAAGCUUCGGUAUGCGGAUGCUUCUGGUCAUCCAGUUUUAGUCAGUAUGGUGGUCGUUAACUGGUGUGGGUUACUUUUUUACCUGGCAGUGGUUAGCAUGUAGGAGCUUAUGGGCCUCUCUCUUAUUGUGCUCACUCCGUCCCUUGACACACACACCUUCCUCCUCCUCCUCUCCCUACUAUCCUCUCUCCUCCUCCUCCUCUCCCUGCUCUCCUCUCUUUUCCUCCUGCCUGCUCCUUUCUACUCCCCCUGCUCUCCACUCUCCUCCUCCUGCUCCUCUCUCUGCUCUCCUCUGUCCUCCUGCCUUCUCCUGCUCUUCCCCCUGGUCUCUUCUCUCCUUUCUCCUCCUUCUGCUUCUCUCCCCACUCUCCUCUCCUCCUGCUCCUCUCCCUUGCUUCUUUUCUUCUCCUCCUGAUCUCCUCCCUUCCCUUCUCCUCCUGCUCCUCUCCCUGCUCUCUUCUCUCCUCCUCCUGAUCUUCUCUCUUCACUCAUCUCUCCUUUUCCUCCUUCUACUCUCCUGCUCUCCUCCUCCUGCUUCCCUCCCUGCUCUCCUUACUCCUCCUCAUUAUCCUGCUCUUCUCCCUGCUCUCUUUACUCCUAUCUCCUUCUCCUGCUCCUCUCCCUGCUCUCCUCUCUCCUCCUCCUGCCUCCUCCUGCUCCUCUCCGUGCUCUUCUCUCGCCUCCUCCUGCUCCUCUCCCUGCUCUCCCCUCUUCUCCUCCUGCUUCCCUCCCUGCUUUUCUCUCUCCUCCUCCUGCUUCCCUCCCUGCUCUUCUCUCUCCUUCUCCUGCUCCUCUCCCUGCUCUCCUUUCUUCUCCUCCUGCUCCUCUCACUGCUCUCCUUUCUUCUCCUCCUGCAUUCUACUGCUCCUCUCCCUGCUUUCCUCUCUUCUUCUCCUCCUGCUCCUCUCCCUGCUCUUCUCUCUCCUCCUCCUGCUCCCUUCCCUGCUCUCCUCUCUCUCCUCCUGCUCCUUUCCCUGCUCUCCUUUCUUCUCCUCCUGCCUUCUCCUGCUUCCCUCCCUGCUCUUCUCUCUCCUCCUCCUGCUCCUCUCCCUGCUCUUACUUCUUCUCCUCCUGCCUCCUCCUGCUCCUCUCCCUGCUCUUCUCUCUCCUCCUCCUGCUCAUUUCCCUGCUCUUCUCUCUCCUCCUCCUGCUCCUCUCCCUGCUUUUCUCUCUCCUCCUCCUGCUCCUCUCCCUGCUCUUCUCCCUCCUCCUCCUGCUACUCUCCCUGCUCUUUUCUCUCCUCCUCCUCCUGCUCCUCUCCCUGUUCUUCUCUCUCCUCUUCCUGCUCCUCUCCCUGCUCUUCUCCCUCCUCCUCCUGCUCCCCUCCCUGCUCUUCUCUCUCCUCCUCCUGCUCCUCUCCCUGCUCUUCUCUCUCCUCCUCCUGCUCCUCUCCCUGCUGUUCUCCCUCCUCCUCCUGCUCCUCUCCUUGCUCUUCUCUCUUCUCCUCCUCCUGCUCCUCUCCCUGCUCUCCUCUCUCAGCGGUCCCCCAUUAAUCUUAGUUGGACACACUACUCUGUUUCUCGCUGAUCAGAGCUGCUUAUGAUGAAGUUUAAGCGAGAGCUGUUGGAGGGGAGGAUCCUCGGUAAUCACUCUGAAAUUAGGCAUCAUUCCCAGAGGUCUAUAUAUCUUCCAGAUAAUACCCAGCAGGUUCUGUGACUGGACUUUAUUUGACUCUAGAUACUGAAGUGCCACAAACAAGAAAUACUUGUCAGACCUCGUCCGUGUUCUCUUGUCAGUAAAAGUUAUGAAAGACAGAGAGAGCCUUGGUAUAAAGCAGCCUUCAGUCAAAAGAUACACACUUUCUGUCACACACAGUCAGCUCGGAGUGAAGGCAGUAAUUACCAGCUCAAACACACACACACACACACACACACACACUGGGAGACAGUGUCUGAAUGGCAGUCAUUAGCCUCUGAGCUUGUUGACGUGUUUCUCACAUUAUAUGAAGGUUGAUAAUUAAAGCGACAUGUUGUUUGUACGGAGCUGGUGCUGUCACUGGGUUUCUGAGGUGUCAGGAGGAAAGUUGGAGGGUUAGUUUGUGAGUGAAAAGUGCGACAUAAACACACAAACACAUACACACACACAUAUACACACAUGCACAGAAGCUUAUAAAACAGCAGGCUAUCCCAGCAGCCUGAGCCCAGCCUGAUCUCACCUCUCACGUCUUACAAAACAGCCACGCACAAACACAUGCACAAACACACAAACAGAAACGGUGUGUGAGUGUGAAAGUAAAGCAGAGUUUGUUGAGUCAGUUUUUGCUCCUGAGUUAUUUGGUGUUCGGAGUUCAGGUUCACUCAGAGUUUUAUUGAAACACAAACACACAAACAGCUCAAAGAUGAUCUCACUCUGCAGAAAAACAGCCUUCAUGUCAAGUUCCUGAAGUUUCAAAGAGUUUAUUGGAGCUGGUCGUGGUCAGACUUUGGAUCAAUACUUAAUUAUUUUUACAUCAAACACACAAUAUGAGACUUUGGAGCUGAUGCUGCUGAUAACUCAUCUUUUUCCAUCCUUUGCCUCUUUGGGGGCAAACUAUCAGUCCAAUUACAAACGAGAAGGACUAUUACUACAGCCAAUCAUAAUCAAGGACACCAAGCCCAUAGAUGAGGGCAGUUAUAUGUCAAUCCCUGCAUGAAAAUCAAUGAGGGUUAAAGAAUUACUCUCAUCUAUUAAGACAAAACCAAAUUUUUUCAACAGAGCAAACUGAGCAUUGAGAAAUCAAUCACGUGCUUGGUCCAUUUUUGCAUGUCCCUGAGACAUAGUUGUAACCCCACAGGCUGCAAAGUGUCACUCGUGUGCAGAGACAAGUUGCACAUGAUUACUGUAAAGCACUUGCAAGAUUUGAAUGUGUACUGGAUGCACAGCUCUCCAGAUUCAUGUGUGAAUCUCAUUUGUUUUUGGGAGAUCUGGUUCAAAUUACCUGCAGACUGAGGGUUGAAACUGAAUUGAAAGCUCUGCCUUCGGGCCAAGCCCCAUCCUCACCAUGGCGGUCUGGUAUGACGCCUGCAUUCAUGCUGACACUAUACCAAGCUGCCUGUCCAAUCACAAUUGGUUUAACCCUUAACCCUCCUCCUGUGUUAGAGUCUGCACCGACACGUUUUUGUUUUUAAAUGCUUAAAAAAAACACUUAAAUUAGCUUUUUCGCAUCAGGACUUUUUGACUCUGUCAGGAGUCUAUUUCCAUGAAUUUAAAAACAAAAACAUUUAAUUGACUAAAUUAUAAAAUGCUCUUAUUAAAAUUAUGGCACUUGUUGUGUUAGGGUGGCUGUUGACCCGGUUAGAUUAAUAUCUAAUAAAUAGAGCAAAAACCAAAAUCAUCAUCAGGCACCACACUGACAGUCAGAUCCUCUUCCAAUUAUGUGAGAUUUAGGAAAUUCUCAUUUUGCCAUGUUUUUCCCUGCACAAAAAACAACAUUUGGCAUGUCCAGACAUGUAAGAUCAAGUCAGUAUGGAUGUCUGUAUGAGGGGUAUAGUGACAAAGAAAGACCCAGAGGCCCAAAACAAAAAUAAUUUUAAGCAAAAUUUUCAUGGAUAACAAAGCCUAACAAGGUAACCUAGAGAUGAGAACCAAAUUGGAUGAAAGAGAAAUGUUUGUAGUGAUUUAAGACAGGGGUCGAAAUCUACUCAUUAACAUAGUGGGUGCGUAGUAAAAGCUAACACAGGAGGAAGGUUAAUGUCAACAAGACCCUGAGAUCCUCUAACCUGAAUAUAAACAUGUUUUCUAUUUUAAAAGGAUUUUAAAAAUCUUUCUGACAUUGUUUUUAAAGGUUAGAGCUGCAGCAUCAGUUGGUUCUCCAACAGGAAAAGUCAAAUCUCUGCAGAUCUGAUCCAUCAGAUUUGAAUGAGAGACAGAGACAGAGCUGUUUGAUAGUUUGGGGAGAUUUGAAUUGCAAAGCGGCGAUUUGCUUUUACUGUAUAAUGUUAAAGAAACAGUUCUGGCUGCUUCUAAUGGAUGACAGAUGAGGGGGUUUUCUGACACGCCGUGCAGCAGUAAUGCGGCACAGCUGCAGCAUCAGAGGAGACAGAGGGAGGUGUUCUGGAUCCACAAUGAGGACCAGUGUGUGAGGAGCUGUGAGGUUCCUCCACAGCAUGAGGUGUGAGGAAAGAGAAGAGAUAGAGUACAGGAUGUUUAGUUUACAGUCUUCAUACUGGUCCAGGAUCAGAUCGAACUUUGAGACAGCGCCCUAAAACUCAGAACAAAAAACUAUAACGGGUUUUCUCUGCAAUAUUCAAAACAGAAAAAGCCAAAGAGAUUAAACCAAAUAAAUUUGAUGUGUUUUCAUGAACACUUAAACCAUCAAUAUUUACAAUUAUCUCUUUGGUCAUUUGUCACUGAUGUGUAAAUCAGGAAAUCAGUGACACCGAAAAGCACUUGGUCGUCACGGAAGAAUCACCAGUUACUCUGAGUUUUAAGCUUCAUCUGGCUGCAUCUAAGUGGUAUUUGCAUGGCCAUGAUACCCAGAUCUCCGUUUUGUGCAACAGAGGGUUGAGAUCUUCCUCUUUUGUGCUAACACCUUGUUUUUCAGGGGAUUUCAUGCAAUGAGGGCAGCUUCUGCAAAAUCCUGUUUCAACUGACAUUAAACAAGAAUAGCCGAAGCUGGAAGUCUCUUUUUUUUUGAAGCAGAAAGCUGAGAAAUUGUUUGAUGUGCAUUGUUAAAUUUCAUUGAAGUGGACAUCUUGGUUUAUUAUAUGAUGUUCUGCUUUAAAGUGGUGGAAACUCUUGACAGGAGAGCUCUGAGCAGAUUGAUCUUGUUAAAACGGAUUUUAAAGAAAACCUUGUCAUCUGGAUCUUUUGAUUUUUUCAUCCUUUGAUGCCAUUGUGUUGUUUUUAUAGGCAGCUUUUGUUGAAAACUUCCCAUAAUCCUCUUGAAACUGGUCUAAAAUAAAAACCAUAGGAGCUGGAUCCUUUAUUUCGUUGCAUAAGGAAGCUAAGACGGUCCUUUUUUGCGUCAGUGUACUGUUCUGUCUUAGAUAUCCUCACCUGGUUUGGUUAUCUGCUGCUUUAAGUUUGGUACAAAGACGAAAAAUCUCUCAUUUCAUCAUGAUAUUAAUUUUGGUUUGAUUCUUGUUUGUGCUGUUUAAUCAAAGUGUGAUGAUGUUGUUAGCAGCUGCAGAAGUUAAGAGCAGAGAAGUGAUCUUCCUAAGCCGAUGGCUGAAAUGUGGGGGAAAGUGCACAAGCAUGAACGGAUUCUUGUAAAUAUUCCCACGAGCCCUCAGUCUCUGCAGUGAAGCUGUGCAUGUGGAAAAAUGUCAGCUUUUCACAGAGAGUGAAGGGUUAAAACGCGCUCACACACAUGUUCUGGUGUUUCUGACGUUGGCAGUGCGUUGGCUGUGGUUUUGGCUGCGGCGAGGGCCGAGUCUGAAAUCAACGGAGGCCAUUGUUACCCCGAGUGAGAGAACCCGACCAUUCUUUCCACUUUCCAUUUCAGCUCGUCUCUCAUUAUUUUUCUAAUGUGAGAUGGUGUUCGUGUGGAGUGAAAAAUCAUCAAUAAAUCCAACUGAAUCAGUUUCAUGUAGUCACUGCCACUUCAGGACAGCAGAAUGUGUGUUUAAGGUUCGACAUGUAGAGUCCUGCAUAGUGAAGCUGACGAGACUUUGCGUCUGUCUCUGCUGCGAAUUGAUCAACCCACAACAAGAGACCAGACUCGGCAAACAGAGCACAAGAAACGCUUAAAGGGUAGUUCUACUUAUUUUUUAACCAAGGCCUUAUUUCAAAUUUUUGGGUCCAGAGGACUUAAAGGUAUGGUUGACGAUCUGAGAAGCAGUUGAAAAAAUCUGAGCCAUUAAGGCAAAUUUGAAAAAAGCCCCCCCCCACACACACACACACACACACACACACACACACACACACACACACAAACCUCUCCCCUCUGUGCUCCAUGAUAACUUCACCCCCGAACCUGUAUUGCCUUCCCCACGACACACCCCCUCUGGCAGAACAAGAAGCCGGCCGGCAGAAGAUCCUACACUGGCUUCGAAUAUUCACCAUGUCCGAUUGCUGGUGACAAGCGGCAGUAAACACCAGCUCUGCUAGCGAGCACCAUUUGCAGUUGGCUGGACAGCUACCAUGUUGACAUUGCAGAGACUAAUGAGAGUUAUUUAUGUAACAUGUCUCGAUAAAAGGCAAAAAUUACCUGUUCAACAAGAACUCUGUUGUCUCAGCGUAUGUUUUCAGGCCCAAAUCCUGGCGGAGCUUCCUCCAUCGCUCGAAGGAUGACCUGAGGUUUAUUAGAGUUAGAUUCCUCACUUUGUCACAUUUCCGCUUCGUCUCUGCCUUUUCUUCUGUUGGCUUGCGUUUUCUUAGCAUUUUUUGUGGUGGGGCAAGCAGAAGUGUUUUUUUGCAUCCAUCCCCAUCACAGCUCCUGCAGCUAAGCUGCUGCGCUACUUUUAGCCGCUUAGACCUCCUAGGAGGGUCGGGAAAGUGGUAGGGGAUGAGUCGGAACUACGGGAGAGGGGCUUGGCGAAUACAGCGAAGUGAUUGGAUGGAGAGGUGGAGCAGGAGAUUGACCAAUAGGAGCUGUCCAGGAUGCAAGAAUCCCAUUGGUCAAUGUUUUUGCAGCCCUACACCUUCUAGGGUGAACGGAUUUUCUCCUUUCUUUUUUCUCUUCACUUUGUGGAGAUCACACUAUAGGACCAUGAUAGGACCGUAUAAACAAGGUUCAUAGUAAUUAACAAUCUCUCCAAUCGUCAACCAUGCCUUUAAAAUGUGUAAAAAGUUUUUGAAAAGCCUCAUUUAUCAUUUUCAUCUGGCAGCAGUGAAUCUUCUUUUCCCAACACUCUGUAAACGUUAGUGAACCCAGGAGACCAGAUUCUGGAGUCUAGAAAGUUCCUGAUAGAGGAUUGUAGCUUCUCAACUCAACAGGUGACGAGUCAGGACUGCAGGCGGGCCAGUUUAUCAGCAGGACUCUUCUACUUCAGAUCCAUGUUGAUAGUGGUUUGUCAUUGUCUUGCUGAAAUAUGAAGGUCUUCAUCAUGAGCUGUGCGCUGAUAACAAGCUGAAUAGUCCAUCUCCUCCAGGACAGGGUCCAUGACUUCCAAAAAGAAGUCCUAACUUUUCUGAGUUGUAAUUUUAUCACCAGAUGACUUUUUAGUUUGUUUAGUUUUGAGCUGAGACCCAACACUCCUGUUUUUUGGUUCCUCCUGUUUGUGAAGGAUGUCUCAUUGUCUCUCCUAUUGUUGCUUCCUCUUGGAAACACACUGCAUUUUCACAGCCCUACAACCUUAUUGAAAUCAACCCAUAGUACCUUUGUGAAAACACAUGGUUUAUAUUGAUGAAUCUCUACACAAAGUCACUACUACAGCAGAUUUGAACCCCUCCCUCCGCUGGACCUGGCCUCUACAUGAUUUAAGAGAUAUACCGUACAUUUGGCUGCCCUCUGCACAAGCUGGAAUUUUUUGGACUUAUUAAGUUCAGGCAACCUGUCAGUCCGUCACACCCGCCGCCACCUCCUCCCUUCUGAAACCCAUAUGUUGGCAGUUCUUCUUGAACGCAAAACAACCUUAAAAGUUCCAGAAAAUAUGACAAAAAUAAAAUCACACAAAGUGAAAUGACACUUUUACUGUCAAUAGAGUCUGGGCCAGUCGUUUAUGAUCUUCCUCUGUUGGGACAGUUCCUGUAAUGUUGUCAGACACUUGAGCUAAUGGUCUGAGCCUGUCAGUGACAUAAUCAAGAACUUUGAGAGGAGGAAAUUUGAUCUAGCACCUCAGCCCCUCAGGAUUUCAAAUGCAGCCCCUUUAACUGCUGCUAACUGAGGCAAUUCACUGAAUGACUCCAACACUUUUAGCACCUUUCGGUCUGUAAUGGACUCUAUAACACUUGGAAAUAGCUCCAAGAUUUAAAAAAAAAAAUAGCAGAAUUCCCCUUUAAUGUGACAGUAAGACACUAUACAUACAGUCUAAAGGUACAGAGUGCCCUGGCUGGGUUUGUCAGAACACUCUGUACCUCCUCUUCACAUUUUGUGGUUCAUAGUCCACGUACACUUGAAAUCUUUCCUACUUGUGUUUGACAGAGCUCCAGUUUUUAGAGGAUUAAAUUAAACAGACGAAUCUGACAAACUCCUCCAAAGUGGGACUGGAGACAGAAAAGGAAGUCAUGUUUUCUCUCAGUAAAAACUUAUCUGCACAUGCAUGGGACAGGGGUCUGGUGAGGAAUCCCGAGCAAUGCUGACUCAUGGAAGUGAGCAUUUUCAGUCCACGUCUGUCUCUAUCGAUCAGUCUCCUGGCUGAUCGAUUCUCUGGGCUGUUCAACUUUUCCCUAACUGCACGGCUGAUGUUGUCUUUCCCUCUCAUUCCCGUGGUGCAACCUCUAAAAAACACUUUUUUUUAUUUUUUAUUACUCUUUUCCGCUUGUGUCCUGUUGUCUUACCCCUUAAAACAAGUUGUGAAUCUGUCUCCUGAAUCCUCACAGCCUUUGUAGUCCGAAACUAUUUGUCCUCAACCUCUUUGGUAGCCUAGAAAGAUGCUUGAAAGUUCUCCCUCUUGCUUCCUGAUUCCUGAACAAACCUGGUUUUUACCUUCCUUGUCUCCCGCCCCUUUCACGGGCCCUGUUUCCUCGUCUCCUUUUGUCCUGUCCCCUUUAGUCCUUGUCCUCUGAGUGCCUUAACAGCUUCAGUUGAAAGUUCAUGAAUUUACCCCCCUACCACCCCCCUCAGCACUGGGAUGCAGCUCCAUGAACUGUAACACGGUUUUGACGGAAGUGGAGGGGGAGUUCACGUCGCCCUGCUACCCCCAGAUAUACCCCAACUCUCAGGCCUGUAAGUGGACCAUGCAGGCCCCCGCCGGCUUCAUCAUCCAGCUCACCUUCCUGGACUUUGACUUGGAGGAGGCUCCUGGCUGCAUCUACGACCGGGUGGUGGUGAACACCGGGAGCACGGACGUUAGGUUCUGCGGUCCGACGGCUAAUGGGCUGACAUUAAACUCGACCGGGGAUAUGAUGGAAUUAUCGUUCACCUCCGACUUCAGCGUUCAGAAGAGGGGGUUCAGUGUUAGCUUCAGACACGGUAGGUUCAGGAUCCUGAUCUGCAAAGGUGGACUAACAAAAACAGGCUAACUCAAUCCCAAGAAAGGACUCAAGGGUGGGGACGAUUUUGUCACAAAAUAACUUACUCGUCUGAACUUGGUGCACACUGUGUGUUUACAUGUUGGAAUAGAGCUCUGCUAGGGCUGAUAACGAUAACAAUAUAUAUCAAGAGUUGAUUUCCCUCGAUAUCAAUUUAAAACAUGGUCAAUAUGCUUUUCGAUAGUUGGCAUUCUGACAUGUUUUGGUAGACAAAAUGAAUAGCCAAUGAAAAGGGGAGUUGCCUGGGUCCGCUUCGCACUGAACCAAUCAUGUGCUGAAUUAGAACCAAGUAGCAAACUGUGUAGUAGCAGACUGCAGCCACACGCAACCAUAGCACUUUAACACGUGAAGCCAACAGCACUGUCGGUGAGAAAAAAAGAAAAUGAGUGCUAUCCCCGGCAGAAAUGCAGAUGAAGGCUCAACAGAUGAUUAAUCGUAGACAACGCUGGCACAGAAACAUCGGUUGUGUGGAGGUAUUUUGUUUUUCGGGUCGGACAUGAAGCAGAAUAAAGUGCACUGCAAAUUAUGUCAAGUACAUGUUCUGGCAAAGUCGGGGUAUAACUCAAAUCUUUUUCACCACCUGAAGCAGUGACACGCAGCAGAGCAUGUGCAAUGCAAAAGGUUAGACCUCACAGAUGCAGUAGCUUAUUGUAUUGAAAAGACAUGCUACUAAUUAGCACUGUUAAAAAGAGUAACAGGGAACAUUUAAGAUUGACAAGUGAGUUUUUAUACCGUGAUAUAUAUCAAUAUCAACUGAUAUGAAAACAAUAGAUCUUGAUAAACUUUUCCCCAUUUCGCCCAGCCCUAAGCUCUGCCAUCGCUGCACCUUUUUACUCACACAAUAAGUUUUUUUUUCCUUUUCGGUGUUAAAUACUUCUUCGUAAAGCUUCGUCAAACUUGAUCGCUGCAGUUCGGCAGAUUCUCCUCUAUGAACUUUUUAUAUUCGACAUAACAGGUGAUGUAAUGUUAAACAAGCAAAGCAGGUCCUGGGAGAUCGAUAAAACUUGAUGUAAAUCCUCAAAAUUCUCUCUGAGGCUUAAUCCUGAAGGACUGGUGUUUCUGUCAGGAACCAAAUUCACAUGACAGAAAUUUGAACACCUAAGCCCACUCUUUUCAGCGGCUCUAACUCGAGCAGACAGCCUGAUGGAAUCAGCAGCAGCUCACAGACUGAGGACUUAGCUGUUCUGAUAGCAGCAGGGUUUGCUCUGCUGUUUGGUGCGUCUGUGUUUGUGUUCAGCUGUGUGUUAAUGUUUUUCCAUUGCGCUCUGGUCUGGUUGUUGUUGUUUUUUACGUUGAGGUGCAGCUUCAGCCGAGAGUCGUUCUGCAGGGAGAGUCUUUUAGUUGUUUCUGGUUCAGUGAUAGUAUCGGUAAAUUUGCAGGUUUCUUUAAGCAUUAUUGUUUUUGUUUUUUUUUUCAUUUGUCCUCGUCUUUUGAUUGUUGUUUAUUUCAAGUAACUUUACAGAUUCCUCCAAUCAAACUAAGCUGUCCAAAUUUUAAAAUAUAAUUCAAACUAUUUUUUUUAAGUUUAGAUACUCGAAAGAUUUUUUGUCUUGUAAUAAUGAAUUUUUAUUCCCUCCUCUUCUUCUUCAUCAUUUUUUUUCUACAUGCUUUGCAUUCAUCCUCCACUUCUCGGUACCUUUUUCCUUGUCUAUCUUUUCCUAUUUUUCUUUUUUGUUUAUUUACAUUCACUCAUUCUGCGUCAUCUUCUUCAUGUUUUUACUUUUUUCCUCCUUUUAUUUCAUUCAAAUUUGAUCCCACUAUUACUUCCUUUCCUCUCUUCCUAUCCUCUGCUGUUUCCUUCCUCCAUGUACUCCCUCUGUCCUUUCCUUCUCCCCUCUAGUCGCUGUGGCGUUGAGGAACCAGAAGGUCACCAUAACUGGCGGCAAUGGCCAGGUCACCAAAGUCUCUGAGAGCGUUUCCAUACCCUCGCUCAGUCACCUGACGCUCUGCUUCGAGCUGGAGCGCACCAAACAGAAAAACGUAAAUAUUACUGAUACCGCCGCACCCUUAUGAGGCAUCCGCUUUUUUUCUGUUUUGACCUCAUGACCUUUUUCCCAAAAAAAGGAGGAGUGGAUCUUCACCUACUCGGACAGCAGCGGGGGUGUGGCUCUGAGUUUAGGAUCCGAUCAGAGCGGGAUGAGGAUAGUCGUUGACGGAGUGGUCUGUUCAAUCGACUCCAUCCUCCCCGCCUCUGAGUUCACCUCCUCGAUGAAGCCCUUCUGCGUGCUCUGGACAUCAUCAAACGGCCGGGUUGGGGUCUACUACAAUGGGAACUACUGGGCCAAGACCUGCUCCAGCUCCAGCGGACACUUGGUACCAGCUGGGGGAACUUUUCGCUUAGGAGGUAAGACAACAGUACGUCCUGUUGCUGUAUCUAUGUUUUGUCCCAGCCUUAACGCUUCUGUUCAUGUCGUUCCUGUUCGCUUCGCCCUCAUGUUCAGGUCAGCACAACUUCAAAGGGAACAUUUAUAACCUCCGACUGUGGGAUUACACUAUGACUGUGCAGCAGCUCAAGGCGCUAACCUGCGACAUGGCGGGAAACGUCAUCGACUGGGACAACAGCCACUGGACCAUCCCGUCCUCUCUGGCCCAGACCGACACCACGCUCAGCUGCAGUGAGUACAGACUGAGCCCAGAUCAGACCGGAGUCUAGAAAGAAACCAGCUCCACUUUAUUAUGAUGGGCUUUAAAUCCACACAAGAAUGCUGCUACUACCUUUAGUGAUGCUUAAUGUGUUAUUAUCGAUUUUCAGCUGCAGACAGAUCCGGCUCGUGAGGUUAAAGCCAACAAAGUACCAAAUGUAGUGGACAGGUUUUUAGAUAAUUGUUGCAGAUGGAAAAUACUGUACUACACACACACACACACACACACACACACACACACACACACACACACACACACACACACACACACAGUGUGUCGGGUGCUAAAUGUUUCAGUGUGUUCGCUAUCAGGGUGGAAAAUUAGACCCAGACUUCAGCUCAUUUCUGUGGCUGCAGAGUUAAUAGACUUCAGCAACCAUCUUGGCUACAGACCAGUUGUCUCCCUGCUCUGUUCAAUAAACCUAUUAUUUCUUAAAACACACACACACACACACACACACACACACACACACUUACAAAAACAAAAAUACACACAUUUCAUGCAAAUUCUUCUGAAACCUGGCGAGGAAAUCAGACCGAAUCAUGCUUAAUUACACAGUUUGGAUAUUGCAUUAUUUCUCAUGGUGUUUAUUUUAAAUUAACUAAUACACAAGCAUCGCAAAUGCAUCAUACACACAAACACACACACAGAGCACACACAAGUAAACGCACACAAAAGGCAGAGGGCUCUUGUUACACACUUAAGAACCUGAAACCACGUUUACAUAAUCGACUAUUUUCUCACCAUAUUUUAGUGUUAACCAUGAAAGACAGUGCAACAGUACACUGUAUGUGUGUGUGUGUGUGUGUUUGUGUGUGUGUGUGUGUGUGUGUGCAGAGUAGUGAAAUACCUCGUAUUUUAAAAGCUGCAAAUGACUGUGUACCCACAGGAGGUUAGCCACAGCGGUUUGGGGGAAAGUUCUGCCAAUGAUGUACGCACUGUGUAUGUGUGUGUGUGUGUGUUAGUGUGUUUGUGUGUGCCUGCUUGUAUGUAUGUGUGUGCGUCUUUGUGCACAUGUGUGUGUGUGCGCAUGCUCGUAUGCCUUAGAGACCUAUUGUGGGUUUCAAGGUAUGCAGGAUUCUGCACAAAGUUUCCUGACUUCUUUGUAGGCACAUGCAUGAAUUUGCAAAGAUUUGCAAAUGUCAGUGCAUGCACACACACACACACACACACGCACGCACACACACGCACGCACACACACACACACAAACACACACACACACACACACACUUUUUUUGCCCUUUUCAGUCUCUGAACUUUAGGGGGUUUUAAUUUGACCCAGACUUGCUAAAUUCUGCAGAAAUUUCAGAAACAUGAAUAUUUCCCUAUGAUGGUGCUCUUGUGCAUGUACAUGGCAUACACAGCACCACUUUAAAAUGAGAAAAUUCAGCUCCUGCUAAAAGUUUUAUCCACAUGCAUGAAAUUUGGUGGGCUCACAAUAUAUGUGAUCCUAGGUCCUGAAGAAGCCCAAAACCGAACAGAGAGUCAGUGUCAGUCUGAAUGUUAAUGUUUUUUGUUUUGGUUCUGUCUAAUUCCUGGACCUUCAAACACCCUCUUCUUUGCACUCGAUUGCUUCAGUGACUGACCCUCCAUGUCAAACCCAUUAUGUCCUGACUGCUGAGAUGACUGAUGGCUCGUGUCCCUCCUGUUUUUAUUGAACCGUUAAUGAGUUUUUCUUGUCUGAGGUUGUUGCUGUUUUUACCAUCUUGUCGAAUUAACCAGCCUCUCAUUUUGCAGCCGUUAUUAACUGAACCCUCCAUCCACUAAUUGAUCCUUUAAUGAUGUGAUACCUCUGAGUGUUCUCUUCCUGAAGUGACGGACCGCCCUGAUGGAUGUCUGCUAACCUGUGCUUCUCUUCACAGUCUGCUACCCUCAUUGCAUUCAUUUAACUACUGCUGCGCCAACUAGUGGUGAGUGCUGCUAACACCCUGCUAAUGUUUGUCCAUGCUUGUAUGUUUGAAUGUUUAAAACUUGAAGUACGUCUACAUUUGCUUGUCCUAACAGAGCUCUGAUGCAUGAAGGAGAAUGUGCAAAUAUCUGUUCCAGAAAAGGAGAUCUUUUUAUGCAUUUGUAGCAGCAAAAAUAUAUCAUUUGGAGUGUCGGAUUGGGAUGAGUUUAAAGAUUGAACUCGUUGAGCAGAAAUGUGUCCCAAGGUUUCUGGUAAAAUGCUGAACGCUGCAAGACAGAGGAGAGAGACCUGCAGCAGUCAAAAGGAUUUACAUCAGGAAAGAAAUGUGCUGCAAAUUCAGACACACGUGCAAAAAUCUGGAACAAAUGCAAUAAUGGAAAGUCAAGCUGCAAAAGCUUAAAUGAAGCAAAAACAACAAAUGGAUUGAAUAAGUAGGUUUGCAGAGAACUCACCUCAUCGUCUGCAAAACAUGAGGACAAAACUGAGUUGAAAGGAUCUGUAGCAAGCUCUGGGGUUAGCUAUCAUCAUGCUCAACAGACUGCUUUAGAUCCUGCUCUGUUGCCAUGAUAACCAUGAUGGAAGUCCUGCUUUUACACCGUAGUGACAGAAUACAGACCCUUCUCUGCAGCUGACUGUGUCAUUGAUACCCAGCCUCACUGCUGCUUCAUCAGCCCCUUCAGAGAGCUUUUCCUAAAGCUGGUAGUCUCCUACGCCUCACUCCCCCCUGCUUGUAUCGGAGAAAAACAGAGUCUAGCCUGAGGCCCCAACAGAGAAAAUACACCAGUUUUGAAUUUCUUACCCAAAGAAUUGAAGGGAAAAAAAACAUUUAUAGUUUUUUUUCUGCAUGCUGAACAAUCCAAACUCCUCAGCAAGUACCUUAUGAGGCACUCACACCAAGCGCGAGUAAAAUCAUCUACUCGCUUAAUUCGCGCGAAUGUAGACACGUGAAUGAAUAGUAUUUAGUUUCAACGGUAAUCCCUGCCAAUUCAACCGGCAGGAUCAAGUGAUAGACAAAGGUCUUUCACAGCUUACCAGGUAGUCCGACCUCCUCACUCGCUUGCCUCAAGUCGAGCUCCUUUUUAUUUCGGUUUCGGUAAUGGAAAGAAAAGGUAUCAUAUAAUUCGGGGCACCCACACACCGACACGAUCAGUUCGUCCUCCAUUUUAGAUAUCAGUGAACAGCCAUCUGUUUCUAUACGUCAUCCGGCAACCUUCAUGCUGAUUAGUUAUUGCUACGCAAAUAUCUGCUCAAGUUGAGACAUUUUCAGCUCCUGCCCAAUUCACGUCAUUCGCGCCACCAGAUUUGUAGGAGCCACUAACCGCAUCUAACCGCAUCUUUGCAUUAACUUAACAUGUAAUUCAUUCGCGCAAAUGAUUUUUCUCACACUUGGUGUGUGGAGACAGGACGAUUCUGUACAAAUUUACUUUUGAAAACCUCAAAUCAGACAAAACUUUACUUCCCCCCUCAGGUCUUUGAUGCCCACCAAAGGGGCCCGGUCCAUAUGUUGGGUUCUAAUUUCCCUAAAGAGACAUUCAAAGCUGCCGACUACAUGCUACCAUCAAACACAGUAUGAGAUCUAUACUGCAGCGGAUGGAGGCAGAUAUUCAAAAAACACAGAUUUUCUCUGUGGCAUAAAUAAGACCGUGGAUGUUGUAGAAACACAGAGUUUUGCUGCGUUCAAGUUACCUCGGAAGUCAGAUGUCCGAGCUGGGAAUGAUGUCACACCUGAGUUACCAGCGUUUAAGUCACCUUAUCAGAAAAAAGCAAAAUCAGAGGCGGAAACAAGAUGGAUGCAUCUACAAUAGUAAUUUUAGCUCUUGCCUUGUCUGAAUAUAAGCAAAGACAAGGCAAGCGCUAAAAUAACUUUCAUAGAUGUAGCCAUCUUGUUUCCGUCUCCGAUUUUGCUUUUUUCCGACUUGGUAACUGAAACACUGGAAAAAACGAGUGUGACCUCAUUCCCAGCUCGGACAUCUGACUUCCGAGGUAGCUUAAACGCAGCAUUUAUCCCGUAAAGCUGUCUGCCUCAUGAAGCGUGUGGAUUUUACAAUAUUUUGUACCAUGUAAUUUUCAUAGCUGUCACUGUAAACACACUAAAAAUGUUUUAAAUGACAGAGUUGAUCCUUCAAUAUGAGACAAUCCUGUUUUUUCAGUAAUUUUGUAAUUAUUGGCUAUUAAGACCCACAUUUCUAAGAUAAAGGGCUAAAAAUAACAGAAAAAAAAUGGAAGUUUAAUGAGAUGACUGCAGCCUCCACUCUUGACCGGUUUUGGAUCUCCAGGCUCGCUCAGCUGCACCGUCUCAUCUCAUGAUAAUCUCAUAAUACAUAAAGAUGAGCUGAACUUAAUUGAUCCCUAAAGGGGAAACAGGGUAAUUACAACAGCAGCAAACAGACACCGAGGAUUAAUUAGAAAAACAAAAGCUGACAUAUUGAAUCAUCAUUUACAGCUGUAUGCAGUGCAGAGAUUAAGGUGAGUGGAGCUCAUUAAUUUGACCACACGACACCGAGAUGUCCAGAGCACCAAAGAAGGGCUUCAUUUGGAGGAUCAUUACAAAGAAUGUGUUUAAGUCUUUGGAUGGUCUCUAAACAUGAAGGUUUACAGGAAGGAUUAACUCAGAUAUCUGAGCUCACAUCUAAAGACAGCAGGAAACUUAACAGCUUCAGACUCAACAAACUUUGACUUUUUCCAUCCUCCUGUAGUCAAGGUUUUCGAGCUGCAGCUGGCCCACUGAGCUUUGAGGUUUCCUCACAACAUUAAAAAAGGAAAAUUAAAGGACUUAAGGGUCCUUUCUUUAAUGGAUAACAAUAUUUGUAAAUGCAGGGUCUUCUGUUUGCAGUUAGAGUAUUUUACCCCCCUACUUCCACGUACUCAGUGAUUAGGUGCUUUUGAUAGAUAUUACCCCACAUAGCUUGUGGCAGGCACUGUUUUUAUUGAUUAUAGAUUAUUUUAUUGAUCCCACACUCUGUUUAAUGCUUAUUUUCUUUUGAUAAGAAUGUCAAGGUGAAAGCCAUAGACUAGCGUGUCAUCUGCAUUCAGGUGUGCAUGAGAAUUUGGCAGCAAGGGUACAAUGUUGUUUAUAGAAAAAGUGAAUAAAAAAUCAAAAUGGAACCUGUCGUGGUGAGGAGGAGGCUGAGCCAGUAGGCAAAGCUUUCUAUUUAUAAGCCUGGUUAUGUUCCGACCAUAGACUGUAUGCACUAUGGACAACUAGGUUCCCCCUUCCGCCAGUAUAUGGAUUUGAAGCCGAAAAGCUCUCAGUAAUUCUGAGAUUUUUCUAAAUUUCCUAAAAACCAACAUUGCGCAGUAGUGUUGUACGCAUUUGGCAGGAGAGUCGCUGUGAUGACGCUCGGCUCAAACAGCGUAUCCCCCAGGUGAGCUAUGCAAUCUUUGUACAUCCGUCGGCUGUAUCACGUGUCAACCCUAGAAAACAUGAACCCCCUAAUAACCUUUAAAAACGGAGCUGUACAGAAAAAAAGAGGACUUGAGCACAAACUAGUCUUACAGUAACUACAUGUCAACAUCACAAGCAGGGGGGAGAAAAAUUUAUACUCUAUGUAAUAAAUUUCUAAAGUUUGUCCACAGCCCCAUAAGCUUUGCUGGAGGAGGCAGGAUUCAUGACCUAUACUGCAGCCCGUCACCAGAGGGUGCUGUUCUCAGAGUGGCUUUACCUAGCGACGAGGCAGACGGCGUCCAUUCUAUAUACAAUCUAUGGUUCUGACACUCACCUGUGGUCAUGAGGUCUUCAGUUUUAACUGAAAGAAAUAAGUUUUCACCAAAGGGGUGGUGAGGCAUGUCUAACAGGGACAAGGUGUCAGGGUAGACCCAGAGCUUGCCGGAGGGGUUCUAUAUCUCAUCUGGCUAGGGAAGGCUUUUGGGUACACCUGAAUGAGCUGGAAACAUUGCUGGAGAGAGAUGUCUUGGUGGAUGUGCUUUGACUGCUGCCUCUGUGAUCCAGUCCACUAAAAGUGGAAGAAAAUGUUUGGGAGGUCUUUGAAAGUUAGACCUAAUUACCAAAUUUUGCAGAAUCUUUUCAGAUGUUUAGAAAAGAAACCACUGGAAGAUACUGAAAAAAAUGGCAAAAUGAGCAAAAAUAUAAAUGUAAAAUAUAAAUAUUGAAAAAGCAGAUUCACAUUUAAGAGUUUUCCAUCUAUGAAAGUUUGGUUGCUCAUUAAUGAAGCUGUUUUAUUGACUUGUGUAACCUUUAAGCUGAGGUUGCAAAUGUUCAAAGAUGACAACACUGCAGAUAUUCAAGUAUAUAACACUAUGUUGCAGAAAAAUGCAGUUUAUAUAUUGACAGGCUCGUUGUUCAUCCAGCGUAAAAGGUCAAAACCAGUCUCACUAAAGAAUGAACUACACCUCCAGUUCUUAAUGAUUUUUGUGUUAAUGGGUUUUCCAUCAAUAAAAGACCAUCAAGGCUUGAAGCUGGAUGUUUCCCCCCUCGCCUUUAUCCAAGACUCCAAGUCCUCCACUUUUCCUCAGGAACAUUUCACACUUCUUUUCCUCUCCCCACAGAGGGCUGAGCUCCAUUUGUUUACCUUGAAAAUCUUGUUUUGUCUUUACGAGCCGACCAAACCGCUGCGAACCAUCUGAGGUCGGUUUAAUGUUCCUCUCUGGUCGGUAAUGAGGCUGCAGCUGAUGGAGAGAGAGGGAGAGAGAGAGAGGGAGAGAGCGAGCGCUGUCGCCUGGCGCCUGCAGAGCAGCGUGUGUGCAUUUGAAAUAUAUGCAUGUGUGUCCAGGCUUCAUUAGGGUUAACUGUGUUUUCUCCGUGUACUCUCUGUCUUUACAUGUUUGCAUGUUCGGUUUUCUUUCAUGUAGAGGGGGAACAUGGACACUUACACACUCAAACAGUUAGUGAUGGUGCCUGUCAGUCUGUGUCCAAACCCGGUCUUUAGCAGUUGUUAAAAUCUUAGUCCAUUCAGGGUUUAAGGUCACUGAACAGAUUAUUUAACAGGAUUAUUCAUGAGGUGACGUCUGCUUUAUGUAGAUUCACAUAACCCCCAAGACUUAAGGUUUUACUUAAUAAUGAUAGAGUAAGAGCGUAUGCUCAGCUUUAAGUUUCAGAGCAACUUUUUUUUCAUAAUUUCCAAACCGUGAUAUAAAAUCUAAAUCCUACUCUUUCAGUGCAACUUUAGAUGAAAAUAUGUUCCCAUCAAACGUCCAAACCAUCAGGAACAGUACACGGAAAAGCUUAAUAAAGUGUGUUCUGGUAAAAAUGCCAAACAGACAAGUGUCCAUUAGUUAAUAAAAAGGCUGCAGUGUUACUGCUGUGAACCACAUUCACAAAAGCAGAUCUGAGCCAACUAUAACAGCUCCUCUCUGUGUAUAAUAGGUAGUUGUUCCAGCAUUGACAGUGAAUAAUCCUUCGCCUGCUGUUACACAAAUUAGAGAUUAUCAGCUGCCGUCAGAGCGGUGACACUCUGAUGGCGAAACAUAAGAAAAAUAAUAAUUUCGUCUUUUUACUGAAAUUUGCUCCUCAUAAUUCCGUCUGUUGCUCCUAUUGUCCAGAAAUCUUAAUGUGUAGAGGUGAUUUCCCAUUUUUCCAAUAAUUAGAUGGUAAAAAGAUGUAAAUGCAUGUCUUUUCCCUGCAGAUAACACUAAUAUUCUGGCAGUGUUAAGAGUGAAUGUUACUCUGCCACCUGCUGCUGAAUGUUUAGAUUAAUUAAAGCUCAUUAUUAGUGAUGGUUUUCUUUAUCUGCCUCCUGGCCAGCAUGUCCUCCUGUUCAGCAGAGCAGCACAAAGAUGCAUUCAUUUUAAAGAAACACAACAGGCUGCAGAGAGGGAGAUAGGAGAGGACAGAGGAACUGAUUGGAGGGAACAAGAGGACAGGAGAAAUAAGAGGAGGGAGGGGAAAUAGAGGAGAGGAGCAGGGGGAGGGUAAUGAUAUGACCACAUCAAAAUUUAUGACAAAGUCUCAGAUGAGUUGGCACGAAAGAGAAGUUUUCACAUGGGGCCACACAUCACCAUCUACAGUCAGAGUCAUACACUCUAUAAAUGAUAAAAAAAAUUGACCUGGAACCUUUUCAACAACAGGCACAGCUCUGAAUCUUCACACGUCCAAUAUGAUGUUUUUAUUCUGCCCUUCUUCUCAUUAAAUCACGGUUAUGUUUACUACCUGUUUUCCUGUUGACAUAUUAAUCUGUUUUAUGAUGUUUGAAUUUAAGGUUAAAGGCUGCCCUAGAGCCUGUGUUCAGUAACAGCAUUGUUCAACAUCAUACUAUAGUACCAGCUUAGGGCCUGUGUACACUGACAGCAUUUUUCAACCAGCUUAGGGCCUGUGUACACUGCCAGCAUUUUUCAACAUCACACUAUAGUACCAGCUUAGGGCCUGUGUACACUGACAGCAUUUUCAACAUCACACUAUAGCACCAGUUUAGGGCCUGUGUAGACUGACAGCAUUUUCAACAUCAUACUAUAGUACCAGCUUCGGGCCUGUGUUCAGUAACAGCAUUGUUCAACAUCAUACUAUAGUACCAGCUUAAGGCCUGUGUACACUGACAUAAUUUUUCAACAUCAUACUAUAGAACUGGAAUAGGGCCUGUGUAAACUCACAGCAUUGUUCAACAUCAUACUAUAGUACCAUCAUAGGGCCUGUGUCCACUAACAGCAUUUUUAAUAUGAUACUAUAGUACCAGUUUAGGACUUGUGUUCACUGACUGCAUUUUUCAACAUCAUACUAUAGUACCAGCUUAGGGCCUGUGUCCAUGAACAGCAAUUGUAAUUUUCAGUCUUACACCAUUUUAGUGUAUAGACUCAGGGCCUGUGUUUACUAUUGACUUUUUGUGCUGGCUGUGUCUAUACUUUAGUCUCAGUGUGCCUCAUCCUAGGACACAGCGCAAUAAACUGCAAACAAAAAGGAGCACAAAAACAUUGUAAGUGGACACAGGCCCUAACAGUUCUUAAGCAUGAGUUUCUACUUCAGACCCUGAGAGUCUGGUCUGCAGGAAAAUGGUUAAGUGUGCAUCUGUACACCCUGAAAAAGAUGCUCAGUAGGGUAAAUAUUACAAAUUUGAGGAUUUCCCUUUAAUACUAUCAUAUCACCUGUUUUACUACACUGCUUGCUCCAAUUCAUGCAAAACAUAAAGAUAGAAGAGGUGAGGUUGUCAGAAGGUCAGAAAAAGACAAUUCAGUGAGGAGAGAGGGAUAUUUGGAGCUGAGGAGAGAGGAGCUGGUGAAUACUUUAGAAGAGAGAGAGAGAGGAGGAGAAAAAAAGAGGUGGAUUAUGACGGGGCGAAAUCCUCAGCCUUUCUCACCUCAUUUGAUCCUCAUGCCGUCCCCGGUUACUGAAUUCCUGGUUGUUCACUCGGCUGAUCACUGUGAUGAUUUGCUGACAUUCUCUCAAACACAUUCCUUGUUACAGUGUGUGUGUGUGUGUGUGUGUGAACAAAGUCUCUGCUUUCACUGCCCUGCCUGUUCUCCCACUCUCUUUAAAGGCCUGUGAAUAUUCAGCAUGUGUGGGCCGGAGCCGGGCGCAGGAUUACAUUUCAAAUGGCCAAAGUACUCGAGGAGUGCUUGAAUUUGGCUGCUGUAGGCGCUCGGUUGGUCAGACAGACUGUCCCUGAAAUAAAACAUCAGGAAUUUGAGCAAGCAGCAAGAAGCCAAUCUGAGUCCCACCGCAACCCACAGAGUGUUAUUGAUUGGAAAUCUGCAUGCUUUUAUGAAAUACAAAGUGUGAGAAAGUUUCCUGAGCGCAGCAUGUUCAUCCAGAGAACAUUCAGGUUUUCAGUGUUUGACAGCAGGAAGGGUGGAUCUUGUUAUAGAGAUAAUGGAAGGAUGGAUCCAAUCUGAUUAGAACAAAGUAUUUCCCAUCUAUAAACACAAUAUAAAACUAACCAACAACUGACUUUAGUCUUGUAAGAGUGCACCCUACAGUUUCCCACAGUUGUAUCAAAGUAUCUUAAACAUUUUCCUCUAAUAAUAAGUUUUCGCACUUACAUGUCUCUAAUUAUAACCACUUUUUAAUCUAUUAAUAUUUUGAUUGUAAUCUCUCCUCCCCUCCCUGAAGGUGUCUCCCCACCCAGCGACACACCUCUCACCACCAGUUGUGACUCCCCUGGACUGGGCUGCCCAGGUAGGAAGAUUUAACACACCUGCAUGGUUAACACUGACCUCCACAGCUUCUCACUGAGAUAAAUUUGCUGUUUCUUAGUUUCAGUCAUGUUUGAAACUUAACAAAGCAGUUACCUUGGCUCCCAAACUUGAGAAACACUCAGACAUGAAUCUAAUUAUAGAUUUUGUAUCUCAGUAUGAAUAUUCCUGGUAAAAUGAAUGUUAAAUAUUUUUUUACUUCGAAAAUAGAGUGUAGAUCUCUAAAAUUCCCUUUUAGCAGCUAAUAUGUGAGGUUGCUAAGCCUAACACCAUGUUUUACACAGUUUAUGAUUUUUUGAAUGGGGCUCUAUGGGAAUCGACUCACUUUUGGAGAUAGCCUCAUUUGGUCACUAAAGGAACUGCAGUUUCUUACACUUUUAUAUUGACUUUAUUUUCUUUUUUCUCAGCCCAAACCUUCCCAUUCAGUCGUGUUUGACUAAACUAAAUCUUUUGUAAUUUCCUAUUCCUCUCUGCUUUGACAGGGAAAAUCACCCUUAUCCAUUUUUAAUGAGAACUUUCUAAUUUACUGAAUAUUCACUCUCUGUUCUGGUGAAGCAGAAAUGAUGUAGUGACCAGGCAAAUGCCCCAGCUCCUUUGAUCAAAAUCAAGCUUAUUUGAUGUUCAAGCCAAACCAUUAAACUUUGACUGUUCAGAAAAAAUCUUUGACCGUAAGGUCGAGCCAUCUUUUGAUCUGAGGAUCAAUACCAAUUAGGAGUUAUGGAUCGGCGAAACUCUUUCCAAGCAGUUUCUUUUCUUACAUUACAUUCUUACAUUCAGGUUUCACCAUCAUUCCUGCAGACUUUGAAAUACAUCUUGGACAUGUAACAAAUGGAAUGAUUAUGUAGUCUUACAUUUCUACCAUCCCUUGGACAUCCUGUCAGUUGAAAUCUUCUGUGGUUUAAAUUUGUAUACACUGUAGAAGAUUGAGGGUUCGAGGAUUGUGUUCAUGUCACUUUGAUGCCAAACUGACAGAGGACAUUCAAAAAGGAUGUUAAGAGGACACUUUAUUUAAAUGUUCAUUUCCAUCCACUGCUGUUAUGUGAACAUUAGGAGAUGGAAACUCAUUUUUCCAAUUAUUCCCACACCACAUGAAUGCAGGGCUGUUCUCCAAGUGGUGCCAUUAAAACGCUGCAGAGGAGAGCACCAACAUUUCCAAAGUCUUCACUCUGAUUUUUUAAGACCUGAUUGAAACUUUUCUUUAAAACAUGUUUUGUUUUGUUUUUUUGUAAAUGAAGUUAUGAUGUUUUUGGAGUUCUUUUGUGUCACGGCUUUCUUAUUCGAACAGAGGGUCUAAGAGUUUGUAUUGAGGCCUUCAGAUUUAUGAUUGUGGGCUUUAUAAGGACAUGUAGUUUGCUUGAGAGGAAAAUAGAAGAGAAGUCAAGCAAAGAGAAAAAUCACAUUCAAGUUUGCAGAAAAGAGGAAAUUAUAGAAAAGAAAACAGAUGUUUAAACUUCAUGUUCUCACUUGACCUCUCUACAAAGAGUUUGUGAUUAAAAGAAAAGCGCAAAGGUUUUGGUUUAUAAAGCACGUACCCUCUCCCGCCUGCUCUCUCCAAACUAAGUGGAAAACAAUCACCUAUUGUACGACCUGUUGAUGAUAUUUGCCUCGAAUGACCCUCUGAAUUCUGAAAGGAACAGACGUGGAAGAACACCAGUGUGAUUUUAUAGGAAAGCCUCCUGAGAGUCAUAAAGCUGCUCAGCAAAAUCCAUCAAAACUGCAAAACUCUGCACACACUAUCAAAUCCUGAAGAAUAUUUCACUCCAGCUAAUCAGCGUUUAUCCAGGAGGUCAUGUGAUCUGGAAAUAACUUAUUGCAUUUGGUCAGGACAGUAGCUGGGGGCCAGCUGACGACGUGACAUAACCCACUCCCUGAAUGUCAGUUCUCACACUACCCUGUGCUACAGAGGCCACAGAGGGACAUUUUUCUAAAGGUCAGUUUUUCUAAGAUUGUACUGUAAGUAGUGGAGAGUCCAGCCAAUUAAGCUCCAGCUUACGCUCCAGAAUAUAGAUGACUACAGCAGCCCAGGAAGGUCAAAAGGUCAUGAGAGAGCACUCAAAGGGUCGUUAAACUGCAUUAUGUCCAGAGUGUAAGGUCAUCCAAGAAACUGCAUCAGUGGACUUGAUAGGAAAUCAGUGUGCUGCUCUUUUUAAAUGCAUGGCCAGCUCUGCAGCCUCAGUCCAACAGGACACUUGGAUUCCUGGUGAGUGUUUUGGUUCUUUUGAACUGUAGAAACUUUCAGCAGGAACCAAGAAACCAUUGAAGGCAGGAACGGGGAUCUAACUUUAGUUCUGGGGUAAAAGAUUUACCCCUUGAAAAGCCCCCACUCAGGGAGUAGUGCUAAGGCCCUGGGACUUUGGGAGUGUAGUAUGUACGUAUGUAUGUGUGCUUCAACCAUAGCAUCAACAAGGUGGAACAAAUCAGGUUCAUGGCUCAGGUUCAGUGGAUGAGAUCGACCAAAAAUGCCAGGAGAGAAGGUUCUGAUGGGAUUUAAGCAAGGGUGUCUUUACACACUGAAGAUCAAAAAAUGGUCUAUGUCUCAAUGUCAACGAAGCACAUAUGUUUUUUUAAUUUGCUUUUGGCAUCCACGGGAACAGUGUGUUUAAUCGGUGACCUGAUCAGUUGUGACCUUGGCUGGCCUUUUUUGGCACACCAUAACUAAAAGCCUUGAAAGUUACAUUUGAAAGCAUAAAUAAGCUGUACUUUCUUUGUAUUUGGAUGUUAUAAAUUUUGCAAAGCGGUGAAGUGACCAGAUUUGUACUUUCCAAACAUCAACAUGGUUUAACUUCUUUAACAUCACUAUUGGUGUUUUUCUGAGUAAAAUUAUGGUCACAGUUAGGGUCGCUGCAGCUAAGUGCUGUUUGCUCUUGUUUUGCGUCUGAGCGUGGAGAAGAGCUGUCAGCAUCACCAAACUCUACUGCAUGAAAACGAGACAUUAUGUAGGUUAGAUAUGAGUUAUGAUGCCUCAUUUCCACUGCUGUUGUUAUGAACUAUGACUGAGGACAGUCUGGGGUUUGAGGUCUGAAAAUUUGCCACCUUUGAUAGCUGAUACUUCGGUUAUGGAUUGAAACUGUUGUCCUGCAGUGGCUGUCUUUGCACUUCUUUUUCUUGUCCUGCUCGGUGGCAUAUUUUGGUUAAUAUUCACUCACCUAAGGUCAAGUUUUAUUUGAGUGACAUUAAAUGGUUUCGUCUCAUUAGUUCCCAACUAUUCAUCACCCUCUGCAUCUUUUCUCUCUCUCCCCUUCAUCCCGAACCCUUUGUCAUUACCGCCAGCUUCCUCUCCCGCCACUUCAUCCACUGACUCCACUAACACCACCCAUGCUACUAAUGCCACCACCCACGGUAAGCAACCCUUCUCCUCGCUCUUACUCCUUCUUCUGCCUCCUUCUGACACCUUUUUCCUUCUUUUUCACCUGGAAGUAAGGCAGAUUUCAUCUUAAGGAAGCCAUUUACAGUUUAUUUCAGAAACCAAUUAUCUCAGAUGGUUUCCCAGGAAAAGGAUCUCCCAUAAAAAUGAUAAUCCUGUGGAGCUGUGAAAUGUCUGACCUUAAAGUUGCUUGGAGUUAUUUUACUUUUCAUACCUCUGAAGAGUAAAAACCAUUAUGAUUCACUUCUUCUCUUCAUUAUUCGUACUCAGGAGUAGACUCAGCUAAUAUUACUCUGGUGAUUGAGAUGAGCGUGUUUCACUCUAGAGGACUGAGACUAGAUAAAUAUUAUCUAUGACUUCUUUAAAAAUGAGUUCCUCAAAUCUUUUCAUUAGUUAAUUAACCUUUCUGUCACUCUUGUCCAUUUGAGGAGUUUUAACUGCGAUUAAUGUUCCCAGGAUUUUAUGAAAAUCAGCUCUUGUUCUCUAAACUUUCUGUUCAAACAUUGAACCGCACUUUUCAGAGAGGGAUUUGGGAUAUUUAACUCAAUUGACAAAGAUAAUACCAGACACAUAAUUGUAUGAGGAAAGUUUUAAAAACGUGAUAAACCUUGGCCUCCAAAAAAAGGGGGUUUCGGAACCUGGAACUCAGCUGGCGGUAUUAAAACCCUUUUGUUUUCCAUGUGUGCUCCUUUUGGUUUUGCUGUAUGCUUUGAUUUGUCAUCUCCAGUUCUUCCUCCCAUCACUCCAUCUCCAUCCAUCAUCCCUACCACUAGCAUGUCACUAAUCCCAACUUCCACGAGCGCUCCUACAUCCCCCAGCAGCACAGCCAGCUCCUCUUCUGGUAAGGCUUCAUCUGCUUUGCUGCUUUGUUGUUUGCCAUGAGCAUCUCUGGACUUCACAUGAACCAUUACCAUGAUUGUGACUCCUUUUUGGCAACAAUUGGUCAUAGAUGUGGAAGCCUACAUAUAUUUGAGUAUUAGCUGAGGAGGGAAGUCAGUUUUGUGUUCUGGGUGGUGGUUUAGAGUAAAUAACAGUCAAGGACACGUUUUUCAUAUGUCACAACUUCAAAAGAAGGUUUAUAACCCUAAAGAAGAAGGGUUUCAUGGUACUGUAAGGAAACCUAGAGACCACAGGGUAGACCCAGAGCAUGCUGGUGGGGUUAAAUAUUCUGCCUGUCUGGGAAACACUUGGAAAUACCCCAGAAGGAGCUGACAAGGAAUAGAGAAGUCUGGGUUGUCUAGCUUAGCCUACUUCCACCGUGACCUUACCCCACAUGGACUGUGUUUCUGUUUACUGCCAAUGUUAGUUGGAGAACAGUUGAACAGGUUCAGCCUCAAAGUUCCUGACAAAGUCAAAGUAACAGAACUAGAUAAAGGGGCUCAAAACAAAACCGACACUUUAAAUCCAGGAUGCUUUUGGCAAACCCAGCUUAUGAGCCAAAUGUCAAAAAAACUUUCCUUGAUCAACAUUUCAAGAAAGACUUUUGAGACAUUUGGAUCUGUAACCAAACAUGCUAUAAGCUUGUCCUUGUAAUGCGGUGUGGUUUUAUGCUUUAUGUUGAUGACAUGCUGACUUACUGUGCUGAUCAGCUAUGCCUGCCACUACCAUCACCAUCACCACCAGCGCUGCUACUCCUGCAUCUUCUGUCACUAACAACGCUUCAGCAAGCAGUUCACCACAUGGUAAGGUAGCUAACCAUUUCAAAUAUUGUAGCUUAACCUUGUAGGUCAAGGUUUGGAUUUUGACCGAUUAGUCAAAAUACUGGAGGUUUCAUGUAUGUUGGUGCAUACUGUGCCUGAUAAGCUGACUGAUACUCUGUGACUGUUUAAUUCCCCUGUAGCCCAACAGACAACCAGCAGCACACCAACUGUUUCAUCUGCUACCACUAACCUCCCAGCUACUAACCCUGCAACUCAUGGUAAGAGCCUCAGACGGCAGCAAAGCCUCAGAUUAGACUGUAAAACAUUUCUGCUUCAAGUCUGCCAAUUCUGUUUGGUACAAAAUGAAAUAGUAAAAAUCUCUCCAUUGGGAAGUUUUAAUCAGAUAUUUUAGUACUUUUGAAGAAAGGUUGUAUCAGUUACAUGUCACAACUAAAGGGCCUGAUCUAGUAAAGGUUUGAGUAUACAAAAACACGUGCAAACUUGAUAGCGCAUGCAAGGAUUGUGUCUGUCAAUUGCGCAAAACAGCACGUGCAAUCGAUUGAACGUGUUUGCCUUCAUGAAUAUGCAGAGUGUAUGUAGAUUGUCAGAAUGCGCAAAGUACUUGGAGGAGGAUAUGCAAAUGUAAUCAUUAGGAACCCGCAAUGUGAUUUAUCAAACCCGGUUACCGAUUGCAAUCACUGUUUUGCGUAUAUAUUUAGCACAUAUGAAAGGCACGUGCAAACUGGCAGAGCGAUAUGAACAAAUGGCUACGGUCAUUGUGAAGGGGAGGCAAAAGAGCAAUGAUUGACAAAUUUGAAUUGCCUUGUGCAUGAAUGGUGCUAUGCAAAUAAACUUGCCUUGCCUGCCUUGCCUUUUGUGCAGUUCCUCAAAAUGAUAUGUGUAUCCCAUGGCUUCAAACGUCAUUUUUCGGAUACGACUACUCUGCUUUCACAAACGCUCCAUGGUGACAGCCAACUGCAAAAUCCUUGUUUAAAGAGGGCAGUCCACUUUCGCACCUGUUAUCAAUUGCACAUGCAAUGAUAGUAGAUCACCCGCAACAUGCCCACUAAUAGCACAUGCGAUUUUUUAGUUUGCAAAAGCAAUUUAGCGCCCCUUGUUUGGGAUCCUAGUAGAUCAGGCCCUAAGUGUUUUAGCCAAAGAGGAUGCUGAUCAGCUCGACCCCUUUACAGGAGAACCAGGAUGCAGGCUAGGCUACAGUUUAACGCAGAUGGGGCCAAUUCUACCGUGUAAUGUAGAUAGUUUUAAAAGACUCAGACUUAAGCGCUUAUCUCUGUGGAAGUGUGCACCCUACUGAGAAGAUUUUCAUCUAUUUGCAGUCAAAAAGCCUCUUUGUUUUUGCACUUUUCUUAGUCUUCAGAGUUAGCUUACAGAGGACAUGUUUUAAUGCGGCAAAGGCAUAAAGGGAGAAACUUCUAUGUGAAGUGGAGAGGAACUGUAGCAUCCUGGUUCUCCCUGUGACUAAAACACUCAAUGGUGACAUGUUACACAAACAUCGACUCUUCAAAAAUACUCUCCUGUUACUGAAUUUGCGAUUCUGUUGCCCAGAGGGUUUUUAUUCAUACACUCCUGUCGAGAUUUUUAUCACCUCAUCUUUCUCCUCGUCUGUCUUAUUCUGUCUUUUACUGCCUCUAACAGUUCCAGGAAAUACUCUGCGUCCACUGCUGUUAGUAACUACUAAUCAACCAACCACUAACAUAGCCGUAUCUGCUGCUUCCUCUAUCGGUAAGACACCCAUUUAAAUCGGUAGUUUUGUAACGGAGGUCGGUGCUCUCUUCUUCUGUCGUCCCUGUUGGUCAUUACCUCCUCUUUGGUCUUUCAAGCUUUGUGAAAUUUUGAGCGUGUUUCUUCUUUUUUGGCAUUAAUGAAGUUUCGGUUUGGCUUUUCUCAUGUAGAGGUUUUGAUUAUCUAGCUGUUGUUUGAAGCAGUGUUCUUGUAAAACUCAUUUUCCAAAUCAUACUGACUUUUCCUUUAGUCUCUUGAGGUGUUGACUCUCUGAUUUCUUAAAAAUGCAUUUAGGUCUUUAGAUAGAUACAAGAAGCUCUGUGGUGGUACUAAAUGUAUAAUCAAAAGGAUAAACACUUCAACACAAAAGCUCGUCCGGUGUGUUUUCCUUCUUAUUUUAUUCUGUAAUAUUUGAUCUCUGUUUUCAUGCUCAAGUUGCUUAUUUGUGUAGUUUAAUUUCCUUUAGAUGUGUCUUCUCUCUUAAGAACUGAUCAUGAAUUCGCCUCACCUGUUCGCUAACUCAUAUUUGAUGUUGCUUAAUGUCUUGUUAUUACAUUAGUAAUAUCUAUAACCUGCUUUUCUUUACCAAAAUAACAUCUGGUUCAAUGACAGUGAAGGAGUCUGCAGAGAAAUCUUCACCCAAAGCUUCUUCCAGCGCUGCGGUUACUUCUCAGAGACAGGAGCCCCGUGUUUCCAAGUCCAGGCCUUAUUUCAGAAGACUGAGACCUCGUAGGUCCCUUACGUCAAGUCACUCAAGUCCUCCAGUUAAAUCCCCAAGACUUCCUCCAGCAUCACACCCCAGACUUGUAGCUCCAGCCACAGGUCACCCAGCUCGCCCUGAGCCCUCUCACCCCAGACAUCCAGCCGUCUUUUACAGGUCAGCAGGUCGUCGCGGCUCAAAGACCUCUCUUGGGUACAUCUCCACCCCUCUGAUCAGGAAGGGGCGGAAGAAGGUAACAACUUUAAGAGCUCCAACUUCAACCGGUGCACCACACAGACCAGUGGUCUACAUCACUAAACCAGCUGCACAGACAACGAGACUCAUUCCCACAUCUAAUCCAGUCUCCACUACAGCUGCACCAGAUCCAAGGACUGCAACACCAACUUUGGGAUAUGCACUCCACAAAGCAGCUGAACCUACAACACAACCAAACUUUUUACACUAUUUAAACUCCAACAAAAACUCUCAUAUGACCACUCAGGGCUCAAAACUUUCCCCAGAAUCAGGGGUUUCACUUAUGUCAUCUCUCUGGCACCGUAGAGACGGGGUAGUAGAUACAAAAGAGUCCUCCUCCUCUUCAACAUCUAUGUUAUCACCAUCAUCAGCGCUCAGCAACAGGAAGAACAAACCCGUCAGGCCAGCGUGGCUGCAGAGCUUGAGUGAUGGAGAAAACCAAACAGCUGUUAUCGCUAACUUUUCAGAUUCCUCUGAAGAACUAAGUGAGGAAUACUCGUCUGGGUAUGAGCCGUUUAUGUUUGAACUGACAGAGGAGAGCGGGGCUUUUGGCCUGUAUGAGUUUGAUGCUGUCCUGUCUUUGGAUGAACCUUCUACUGUCCAUCCAGAUUUUAUCAGCACAGAGCUCCAAAAGAAACCAUCUGUGAACGGAUCAGACCCAAAUGGGGCUUUUCUUUCGCUGAUAUCUGCCUCUGAAGGUGAGGGUGAAAAGAAAGUCCAAAUGCAUUUUCAUAAUAAUUCAGGAAUCCCUGCAGAUGAUGUAGGUAAUGGCAGCAACCUCUCUCUGACACACUCAAUUGAUAGAUUGAUGCAAGAAACAUUAACUUCCCUCAACAAGUCUGUAAUUACCACCCCUAAGACGCCGACAGAGGAUCAGACCCACCACAGGACUCAGAGUAAAACCACCUCAAGUGGACAAAGGCGAGAGGAAACUUCCCACACACAGUCUCUCUCUCCAAAGAUGGAAAAAUGUUCCUCCCAGCCAGCAGCAUCUUUGCUUAUCCCCUCCCUUUCAUCCACUCUCUCUGUGCAGCCAACACCUUCUUUGCCCAUAGUACAGCUAAGCUCCCCAGCUUUCUUAGCAGAGGAGGUUUUCCCCAAACAGUUCUAUUCCUCUUCCUCGCCACAGAAGGAAAACAUUUCCUCACUUUCUACAAACCUCUUUGAUAUUCAUCCUCUUUCCUCCUCAACCCACCAGCCUCUUAUCCCCCUAUUCCCCUCUCUUCCCACUCUGUCAGUGGCAUCUCUCCUCCCAUCUUUCUCUCCAUCUGCUUCAUCAUCUGUCUCCCCGGUUACAUCACACAGUUUAUCCUCUCCUCCUCUAAAGACCACCAUCAUUCCUCUCCUUGCUGAUACCAAACAGCCAACCCUCCUCCCACCAUCCUCGCCCCUGCAGUCCGAGCGAAGGCCUUCAGAAACAGACAGUGUUGGUAAAUUCACUCACGUUCAGGAAUCAGAUAGAGUUAGCGGGGACUUUCAUCCUUUUGUUUUGCCGUCUCUGUCUUCACUCAUUCGAGGAAACUUUGAGGUGUCAAGGGUUGAAACAUCAUCCUGGUUGUCAUUUCCUCUCUUUACUGAAGUCCCGGCUGUUUCCCAGAUGCCUAUUAUUGAUGAUGCACUGUUGCAGCCCCCUCAUGAUAUAUCUGAAUCUCUAAAAAACCCAUUACCCUGCUCUGAAACUGAUCAGGUGGGUCAGUUUGUCCACUCCUCAUUCAGUAACAUUGAGCCAACUUCCUCUGGAUUAUUCACACCAGAUUUACCACCUCAAAAAGAGACGGAUCCGUCUCAAUUGGAGUUGCUUGACCUCGAAUUGGGUUCACCCGUGGUUUUGUGGCCUUCUUCUCAUCCAGCCAGUCCAUCAGUUAGUCAUUUCUUGGUUAAUUCUGACCAGGGAGGUUUAGGAAACAUUGAUAGUCUGCCAGAUGACUUUGAAACUGGCUUUGCAUCUCUGGCAACAGCUGGCGUUUGGGCCUCUCGAGGCUUCCUCAAGAUUUUAAAAGACAGGAACCAACAGUUUCUCUCGUCUUCUUUAUCCGCCAUUUCUUCAAAUCCUCUCCUGUCAACUCGUAGUCCCCAUCACGAUCAUCCUGACAGCCUCCUGCAAGUUGCCAAGGCGACUGAACAGAUAGUAGGAGAAGAAACUGCAGGAGAAGAAGCUGUGAUGUUUCCCUCCUCACCCUCCCGUAACCCUUUAGUUGAGUACUCUUCUCUCUUGGCUCACAUAUCUUUAUCAGUUUCACAAGACGGCCAUAAUUCCAGCCUGACCUUUCACAGAAAUCCAUGGAGGCUGCAACAAACAACCUCUCAUUUGCAAAGCAAUAACCAAUUCGUCACAAACACCCCCACUGGUGCCAAGAGCAUAUUGAGAGGCUCACAGGGACUCCAAAGGUAUGAUGAUUCAUCCAAUUACCCCACAUCAUCCUUUUCCACUCGCUCUGCCAUGACAGCAACCCUGAUGCUGGCACUGCAUAGCGCCCCUAGUGAAAGUCCUGCCCUCACGACCCUCAAGCACACUCUUGACGUGACACAAAUAAACCCUGACCACCCCCAGCAUCAUUUUUUGGAUGCAAGUAAGGAACUACAGAGUCAGAGGCCGGGGCAGGAUGCCCGAAACGCAGAGGACUAUGAUGAAUUUGCAGAACUGCAGCAGCAAACAUCCCACAUUGUUUCCCGUUUACCUCUUUUUCCUCUGGCGGUAACACUCACACCACCUUCCCCCUCUCCCAAACUCUCUCCCAUCCAUCCCUCUAUGACUGUCUCUUCCCUUUCCCUCUCAUCUCUUAAUACCCCUCCCUUUUCUUCUCUGCAGCUGCCCAGCUGGGUGGCAUUGCCAACGCUGUCUGCCAGUAUGGAGGAGGUAGAAAUUGGCGCGUCCUCUUCCAUUUGGACAACUGCUGGAUUCCACCAGCCCACAGCAACCCAAACCCCAGAGGAUGAUCAUGGACCUCUCCAAAGAUCUACCACGUACCCUGUUAACCAGUCAGCAGAGGCAGUCCAGCAGUUUACCACAGUCAGUCCAUCUCUACCUCCUGACCCAGCCUCCACACUCACGAAUAACCAAUCGAAAACCAACAACUCACAACCUUUUGCUUCUGUCAGAGAGUCUGAUACAGAUGAGAUUAUGUCAGAGCUGGCAGACAACUCACAAACAGACAGUACCUCCAGGUUUGUCGAUGGUCCAGUUGUGUCACCUGAGGCCUCUGAUCAUUUCACAGCAGAUUGGACUCGUUUGCACUUUUCUGGUUUAUUCGACCCUGCAGACAUUGUUCCUAAAAUACAUACAGCAGAAGAACCCGCCCCGGCUGCAGAUCAAGUUCCUGCAGCAAAUAAACUUCAGGAUGUAACAGCCCAAACUGUCCUGAGCUCUGACUCAUUCCCUGUCAAUGUGCAAACUACCUUUCCAACUUCCAAACCCAGUUUUCAGCCAAUCUCUGCAGUUCCUGCACAUCUCACUGGUGCUCCAGUUAUUUCAAACCCCCUGCACACUUCUGGCCUCAAUACCCCAUCUUUCACAUCCGCCUCCAGACCUCCCAGUGACUCUUCUAUCCAAGCCCCGAGUCAAGACUUCAUUUCCAGGCAAGAGGAGUUGCCACCUCCUGGGAGUUACAGCCUCAUGGAAAACUUAAAUUAUACCGCUGUGCCAAAUGCAACCACUGUUUCAACACCUGCUGACUCAUCUUCAAGGCAAAACAUAACAAAUAUCACAAAGGAUGGAAAUGGACAUUUGAAAGAACCACAGGGGAAUAUGACAGAUGUCAGAGUGGACACUGGCACAUCAGCAAAGUCAAAUUUGACGGAUUCAAAUCCUGCUUUGAACUCAAGUCCAAGUGUGCCGAAUCACAGUUGGAACCAGGGCUCAGUAUUUCUGAACGGGACCUUAAAUUCACACCAAAAUUACAGUAAUGACCGCCUUUCUCCUACACCACCCGUGGGCAUCAAUUCUCACCAUUAUACCACCACAAAGAACUCCCUAUUCAAAUCACUCACUAUGACAACCAGCAGUGGUGGUAGUAGCAGCCUGAAAAAAGCCACAGUGCUCCCCACACCUGGAUCCCCACCUGUGGAUUUAGCAGCUGGGCCCGAGUUUCCAUGCCAAUGUAAACAACGCUUUCAUUUUACAUGUCUGUGUGGACUAUCAUCGGGGAACAGUAUGUCAUGCAGUUACCAAAAACAGUAGAAGUAGAGGACAUAAAAAAGAAUCAUCUGUGAAGAAAGUGGCAUGUUCUGUGGAAGAAUAAUCACAAUAAUCUGGUUUUAGUGUCAAAAUUUAUACAACAGAGGAGAGAGGUUAACUGAGGUUAUGUAGACAACGUGGUCGAAAGUCGGUGGACACAUUUUCAAACAGAAGAGACACAGAUGACGGCCGUUUGAGUGAUUUACAACUUAUAACAAAGCUUUGUCGUGGCAAAAUUAAACAAAAGUUAUUCCGUUACAGAAAACGUCUGAGGCCCGCUGUUAGCUCUUCAUCAGUGUGAAAUGAUUUAACUCUGUCCCAUACAGCUGCUACUUAAAGUUGUAAUAACCAAGUGUCCACAGACGUUCAGCCUUGAGUGUCAAAUCCGAUCAAAGCUGAUGUACGUAUCAUGGUUGAUUCAGCAGAUAAUGCCACUUUUAAUCAGAAGAAAACAAGAUUUUAGGACUGAAUACAUGACUGAAUUACCUCUGGUGGUGGUUGGGGAUUGGUUGUGGAGUAUCAAAGUAGCUGUUUUAUCCAUUUUUAGACUGUAGUGUUAGAAAUGAGACGAUGUCAAGCCGGUGAUCAGGUGUGGCAGGUGGUGAUUGGUUCCCCAUGACUCUAGGCCUUAUGUAGGGUCGAUGUAGGAUCAAUGGAUGUAGUUGCUUAAUCAAAUGGUAGCAUUUUAACUCAUACUCGUAGUUAGAAUCAGUUGAUUUUGGUUCUUUUUUUUUUCUUUUCUAUCAUUGCACUUUACUCUCUAAGAUUUACUCCAUCAUUAUUCUCAUUUGGGUACUUUUUUCUUUGUAUUUAAACACUUUUUAUCAGGACUUUUUAUGCUCUUAAGAUACUUUUUUCCCUCUCUGUGGUUUUCUUUUGGUUCAGCUUCUUGGUUGGGAUGUCCUGCUGAGCUGCUUUACACUCAGCGUGAAUAAUACCCCCUUUAUAUUAUACAAACUGCUUUGAUAGACUGCUCCCUAAAUCUCAGAGAUGUUAAGGUCAGCAGCCAGCAGGAUCUCCCUCCAGACCUGCAGCGUGGACAUCUGCUGACCCUACAGUAGCAUUUACUAACAUUUACCAAUACAUGAGCGACACCUAGUGGCUAAUGUACAGCAUAGCAGGAGCAUUGAUAGCCUUAUAAAAAUGUAAUCACAGAGGAGGAAGUUUCUUUUGGAGUUUGAUCUAAAGUAAAAUCAAAAGAUUUACCAUUUGGAGAAAAGCUGCACCGCCUUUUUGUCCUGAUUCGUUUAUUGGACAAAAUCCAAAGAGAAAAUGAUGAAUUAUAAAAACUUUUCUCACUGUAAAUCAAACUUUUAGUGGACUUAUCAUUCUGUAACCAAGCUUACAAACUAAAAGAGAUGUUAUUUAAUAUAGUUUAACCAGUAAAACAUCUUUCAAUGUAUACCUUUACUCUCUACGGUGAAAUCCAGCACAGUCUGGACUAACCGAGCUAACUUUGCACACUUGUAUUUGUUUAAAAAAGUAAACUGUUGGAGGUUUCAGGCUGCAGGCUCACAGAGUCAAACCCCGUGAAAGAUUUAAUGACACUCUCAGAGACUAAAUCUCCAUAACGGCUCCAGCCGACAGAAACGUGUUCCUCUCCAGCUUUAGUUAAAUUUGAUCUCAUUCACUAAAUAUCCUGAUAACUGCUCUCUCUCUCUCUCUCUCUCUCUCUCUCUCUCUCUGCCGUUAUCUGACUGGCAGCUUUUCCCUCCUAAUCAUGUCGCACUGUGAAAUUGGAUUUUUAUAUAACUCGAUUGGCGUUGACGGCUCCAUUCGUCUCCUGCUAUGUGACACAAAAACCAGCUCCAUUAAGCUGUAGGUGUGAAACACAGCGAGACUAAUUGAGACUGAAGGAUGAUUUCUGUUUCUCCGUCUUUCUUUCCUCACAUCUUCUUCUGCAGAGGAGUUGUUCUACAGGAUUUCCUUCCUGGUGGAUGAUGGGAGCUCGGUGGUGAGCCAGGCUGAUGUGGAGCGAGCAGUGGCCCUGUGGGUAAGUAGCCUACCAUAUUUAGAGUGAUAUAAGACACAGCCCUGAUUAUGAGUCUAAUUUCCUGUCUUUGAGACUUAGUUUUAGGAAGAGAGUUUGACGACAAGGCCUCUUUUUUAACGCCCAUGAUGAUUUAGAAAACCAUCACCUUUAACCACAUGACCUGUUGACCAUUCAGGUUUUGUCUCCUUGUAUUCGAACCCUGAGCAAUAAUGUUGGUUUAUUGACUCAGAAAAUGAUCAUCAUUGUUUUCCUUUUGCAGCUCAAUCAAACAUUUCAGAACUGGACCCACACCGUCCACAUCAACUCCAUCAGGUAACCCGCAGAGAUUUAAACAGGCUGGAUCUGGUCCUUUAAUUUAGAGCUCAGUAUGUCAGAGAGUAAUCCCUCUGUGUGUGUGUGUGUAUAUGGGAUAUACAGUUCAUCUUAAACAAACCAGUAAAAACAGUCAAAUAAAUCCUGACUCCUCUCCUCCGCAGCGUUCAGCCUGCUGUGCAGAGCAGAAGAAACCCGACCAGGUGAAUUUGACAUUUUCUGUUUUGGAGCAUUAGUCUGAUUGUUGUCAGAGCCCAUCAUCCUCUCAUAUGUCUUAUUCUGCAGCUAAUUUUAAGUUUGUUUUUCAUCAUUUAUCUGCAGCUAUGCGUGUCAGGCGCUGCUGGUUUAUUAUUACAUCAGUAACCAGAGUCUGGGAGAGGCUACUGUGUCCUCCAGGAUGUCCAGCAACCAGGAGCUGAUGGGGGCCGGACUGCAGGUCCAACCAGACUCUACGAAUGUCAGAUUAGUCGGUAAGGAACUUAAAAACUUUGACUUACAUUUUACUGGGUGUCCCAACUCUUUAAAGUCACACUCCAAUUGUUUUUUUUACUACUUAAAGUGUUCUCAGUGGUCUAUAAAUUGUGAUUGUGAAGUUUUCACCAAAAAUCACGUUACCUGUGUCAUUUUCAAGGGCUGCAGCGCUUCAGUAGAUCAUUCGCAAUUCACCUCUGAGUCGUGGGCGGAGACAGUGCUGUUCUGCACACUCCUCUUCAUGCUAGCUUAUAGCCUAACAUUGCUGGUGUAGUAGAAGUUGUAGGUAACGUAGGAGCUAUUCAGCUCUUGGACACUACUGUGUCUAGGGACACGAUGAAAGCUAAUAUCAUAAUUCGCUUUCUUACGAGCAUUUCAAUCAGCAUACGCAGACGCUUGUUCCGCGACCGUCCUCUCUAUUCCUCCGAGCCUGGCCUGCAUAGUGGGGUUUCAGGGGCGGAGCUUGGAUUGGUUACGUAGGAAAUCUCACUGUAUCCGAUCCUGCUGUUUGGGUCUGCCAGGUAUUCACAGCGAUUUGAAUGCAGAAAUAUUCAAAUGCAGUUUCACACUUCUUUUUCUCCUGAUAUGUCCUCUAGUAUCAGAAAAAGGCCACAUGAACAUGUAGACAACAAGAAAAACAUGAUUUUCAUUAGAGUGGGUCUUUAAUGACUUAACCGAUUUGAGUUUUCUCUCUUUUUUCAUCCUCUUUAUUCUUUAGUUUUCAUGUCUGAAGUUCAUUUAAGCUAGUCUUGAGUUGUUAUCAAAUCCUGUUUUUUUUUUUUCCUAUCAUGCAGAAAACUGUCCAGAGGAGAACCCGCUCCACUACCGCUGGCCUGAGAGCCGACCCACCAUCACCCAGUACCUGCCCUGUUUCCCCAACAAGGACCAGAGCACCUCCAGGACCUGGUAAGGCACAUCAAACCAUCUCAGUUGGACGUCUGCACAAUAAAGAAAAGUCAGAGCUGUUUCUUUUUUCUGGAAAGUAGACUUAAGGUUUCUUUGGGUUAAAGUCUGCUUCAAAUUCCAGGAGCAGAUGAAGCAAAUUAGCCAUGGCUAGAAACCUGAAUAUGCCACUAUAAGCGAUGAUGUGCAUUCGCUCCUGUCCAAACCAACAAGCCAAUUAAUUAACAUAGCAGGACAUCUAAACAUCCCGUCCUCACUCUCACUCUCUCUCUGUCUCAGUUUGAUCAGUCCUCAGAAUUUCUCCUCCUACUGGUCGGAUGCUGACGUCAGUAACUGCACCGACAUCGACACCAUCCUGGUGUCUGCAGGUAAGCCCCAUCCUCUCCUCCUCUCCUCCCUCCAUCCUGAUUCCUCCCCUCUACAACCCAUGAAGAUUAAAAAUGAAAAAAAAUGUCUUCCCGCGGUGUGAAAUAAAUGCUUUUAUUUUCACGUGCAGAAAAUGCUGCAGAGGUCGCCGUGCAGCUCGCCGUCAUCACCAAUAAUGAGCUGUCCAAUUUGGAGGUGAGACACAGAGCGAGCAGGACACCAUAGAAGAAGAGCUCAGAUCUGUGAAUUAACGCCUCUGCCUGACUCUUCUUCCUCUUUCCUCUCUUUAGGUGUCCAAAGUGGUGACGAAGGUGAAGGAGUUGGUGAAUGUGGCGAAGAUCAACAGCUCGUUGGCCUCCACCGUUGUCACCAUCAUCUCCAACGUGAUGAGCAGCUCAGAGAGCGCGCUCGCUGCAACCUCAGAGAAGUACGAGUUUAACCAUGAACAUGUUUUCUUACACGAACAUUUCCUGUUGUAUUUUGUCUAACUGUCUCCCUCUCUCUGUCUCUCUCUCUCUCCUCUCAGAGCUCUGAAGACGGUGGACGAGUUGGUUCAGAAGAUCGAGUUUGAUGGUCCGUCCAUCAGCAUCACCUCCAAACACCUGGCUGUAGGAAUCUCCGCCCUCAACACCUCCAUGUUCAACGGGACGUCCUUCAGCGCUUUCAUCCCCCCAAACACCACCGACCCCCAGGUACAACAACAGGAAGUCAGCUCAACACCUGCUAUACUGUCGUAGGCUUUUAUUUUGAAGGGAUCCUUUAACCAGAGAAAGAUAACAAACAAAAAAUAGUUUCAAAAAAGGUCUCAUCUUGUCUUUCUUUUAUCCCUCUCUUCCUUUCCUCUCUUAACUCCUUUUUCCCACCCUCCUUCCCCUCUCCUCUCCCUCUGCUACCCUUCCUCUCCUAUCCUACACCCUUUUUUCCCAUCCUUCCUUUUUCUUCUCAUUUGCCCUUCCUUUCUUUCCAUCGUAUCCUUUCUUCUUUCAUUUGUCUCAUCACCUCUUACCUUUUUCUUCAUUUCUUCUCCUGUUUCCUUUUCACCUUCUUCCCUCUCUUCCUUCAACACCUUGUUUCCUCUUGUUUUUUCUUUUCUUACUCUAUUCCCUUCAUAUUUCCUACCUCCUUUUUUCAUCUCCUUUCUUACCAUCCUUUUGUCCUCUUUUUCUUUACUUCCUUUCUUUCUCUUCUCAUGUCCUCUCUUCUAUGCAUCCUUCUUUCUGUCCUCCUUCCUUACCUUCAUUUCUCUCUGUCUGUUCCUCCUUCUUUACCUUACCUUUUCCUUCUAUGCUUUAUUCUUUCCUGUCAUCUCCUUCCUCCUUCCUCUCCUCUGCCCUUUUUUUUCUCUCUUGUCUUUCUUUACUCCCUCUUUUUUAUCCUUUAUCCUCAACCUCACCUUCUUCUCUCCUCCUCCUCCUCUAUCGUUGCCACCUGUCCUUCCUUGUAUCCUUGUCCCCUCCUCUCUUCCUUCCUCCCUUACAGAUUGACUUUGAAUCGGAGCGGACUAACCCUUUAGCUCAGGUGGUCCUCCCGCCGUCUCUGCUGUCCAGUGUCUCUCUGACGGAGGCGGACAGGUCUUCUCUUUCCAGGAUUAACUUCAUGUUCUUCAGCAGCACCAACCUCUUCCAGGUCAGUCCACACCUGAGCGUCUAAAUAAAAACAUUUCAGGAGAAACUGGAGCCGAAAACCUGCAUGUUUUCCUUAUGAAUAACAAAAACAAUGGAUCGAUAAUUGAUAUUUGACAUCCAUGUUUUCAGAAGGAGCAGCACAGCCGUGCAUUGAACAGCUACGUGGUGGCGAGCAGCGUGGGAAACUUCUCCAUCAGCGACCUGAAGGAGCCUGUGGAGAUUCAGAUCGCUCACCUGUCUGAACAGGUAAAGCUCAGUGUGAACAAAGAGGUUCAUUAUCACAUUGUGGUAUUCUGCACUUUGAGUGUACUUUGCUUUGAGUUUUUAAAAAAAAUCUUCAUUUCUAAAUUUGGUUUUAUUGAAGUUACUAAAUAACUUCAUUAUAUCUCAGUAAUAAUUAUGAAUAUAUAGAGAAAUAUCUCUGAAUGAGUCUUAAAAUAAAUCCUGUGUUUGCUGGACUCUUAUCAAGUUUAGAAACUCACUCCUCGAAUCAUGGCUCUGACUCUGACGAGAAUCCUCGAACCUGUAAUCUCUGCUCCUCCAGUUCAUACUGACAUAUUUCUGUGUUUCUUCUUCUUCUCUCCUGGCAGCCGGCUCUGAAUCCGGUCUGUAUGUUCUGGGAUUUCAGUAUGAACGGUACGUCUGUCGUCACGUCGCUCUUUAUGUUUUAUAUCUGUAUGUUCUUCAGGGAGACGUUCACCUCAGCUCACUGUAGAAAAACAAACAAAAGGAAAGAUACUUCAGGUGUCCUGAGGAAACUUCCAUUUGUUAACAUUUCAGCCAAGAAGCCGUUUUCAUCCAUUUUCUUCUGCUCACAGCUUGAGCUUGUCCUUGUUUUACCUCUGAGGUUUCCGCUUUAAAUGCUUUAAAUGAAGGUACAAAACAGCAGAAUUAAAGAUGCUGACCUGAAACUAAAGGAGCAUGAAGGUUCCUGCAAAGAAGAAGGAAAGGGGAAAGAAGGGGAUAUAGAUACAGAGAGCAGAGAGGAAAAAAAGAUUGUUGUAUUCAGACGUAUUUAUCCUGCAAAACCUGAAAAAGAUUUCCUGUAAGUUUGAUCGUACAAGAUUUCUGUAAAAAGUUUUGUACGCGGUUAGUUCAGACAGGGCUGUGAUGUGGAGUAAUACCCUCUUUUGCCACUAGAUGGAGCUGGAGGCUGGAAUGGUGAAGGCUGCAGAGUCUCCAAAGAGUCCACCAACAAUAAAACUGUUUGUCUGUGUAACCACCUCACACACUUCGGCAUCCUCAUGGUGAGACUGAGCGAAUCAGGAAACACUCAUGCAUCAUUAAAGUCUCUCAGUCCUGCUGGUUUUAACUCCUCAAAGAGCUUUUACACUGCUGAACAUAAUCCUGGAUAAUGAGCUCUUCUUUUUUACCUCAUGUUGAGUCAUCUUUGUGUGUCUCCAGGACAUUUCCGGAGCUGCACCCCACAUUGGUGCAAGGAACAACAAGAUCCUGACCUUCAUCACCUACAUAGGCUGCGGUAUCUCCGCCAUCUUCUCAGCCGCCACGCUGCUCACCUACAUCGCCUUUGAGUGAGUCUCAUGUAAAGCUCUGUCUAUAAAAAAGUCGACAGAGGAGUGAAAAGUUCAUGAAAUAAACACGUCUGAUCAUGUUUUUUCCUUACCCUCUCCAGGAAACUGCGUCGUGACUACCCGUCAAAGAUCCUGAUGAACCUCAGUACCUCCCUGCUCUUUCUCAACAUGGUCUUCCUAUUGGACGGCUGGUUGGCCAGUCUGGAAACCCAGUGGUUGUGCCUUUCGGUGGCCGUCCUCCUGCACUACUUCCUGCUCACGUCCUUCACCUGGAUGGGGCUUGAGUCCAUCCACAUGUACAUCGCUCUGGUCAAAGUCUUCAACACCUACAUACGGAGAUACAUCCUCAAGUUCUGCAUCGUUGGCUGGGGUGAGACCCUUGAACUGUGACUAAAGUCAGGUUUUAGGACUGAGGCAAAUUUAAAGUCUCAGAAAAAAUGUAGAUUUCUUUACACGGACCGACUCAAAAUGCAGAUAUAAAGAUUUAAAGGGACAUUCCGGCAUAAAAUUAAGUUAGGGUCAAGCACACAGUAACACCAAGUCGACCGCUUGCUUCUCUAGUCAUACCAACUUUAGUAACAACCGCACCAUAGCAAUACACAGCAGUCUGAGGAGCCAUGUGCUCAACCAAAACGCCACUCUAUAGCCACAAAUAAUGCUCAGAACAGCACCUAACUUCAUCAACAGUACAUAUAGGGUCCCAGCCACAGCACUAGACACCAAACAUCUUUUUAACUUUGCCUAAUUUCUUUAGCAAAGAGACUAAACACAACUCACCUACUCUCUUCCAGCAGCCGCUUGUUUGUACAGAGACCGCGGGCCAGUCCAUCACCGACUGCAGCAGGGUGACGCAGCUCAAGGAAGAACAUUUCUGAUCAUUUUUUCACAGAAAUGCAAUCAGACUGAGACGCUAAGGCGGAAGAACUACCACGUCUGCAGUGCAAAAUGAUUAAUAUGGUGAUAAUUACAUCAAGGAAAUGAUGAAGUAAUGAUCAUAAAUGUUCUUCCUUGAGCUGCGUCACCCCGCUGCAGUCAGUAAUGGACUCAUCCGAGGUCUCCCUACAAACAAGUGGCUGCUGGAGGAGAGUAGGGGAGUUGUGUUCAGUCUCUUUGCUAAAGAAAUUAGGCAAAGCUAAAAAGAUGUUUGGUGGCUAGUGCUGUGGCUGGGACCCUAUAUGUACUGUUGAUGAAGUUAGGUGCUGUUCUGAGCAUUAUUUGUGGCUAUAGAGUGGAUUUUUGGUUGAGCACAUGGCUCCUCAACCCGCUGUGUAUUGCUAUUGUAUGGUCGUUACUAAAGUUGGUAUAACUAGAUAAGCAAUGGGUCGCUAACAUUCAUCUCUCAACGGGGUGUUACGGUGUGUUUGACCUUAACUUAAUUUUACGCCGGAAUAUCCCUGUAAUGUAAGGCCUCAGUACCUGCCCACAGCGCCAAAACUACAUCUAAAUGCUGUGUUGACCCUGGUUUUACUGUGCUUGAUUGGCCAGCCAAGUGGUCUGACCUGAACUCCUAUAGAGGAUCUCUGGGGUAGCAUCAAGAGACAGAUGAGCGACACCAGAGCAACAAUACAGAUAUGUGGAAGGAGCUACCAAAAUGACCUGGACCUCAAUUAGACCUUAACACCUCAGAUGACCGUCUCUGAAAGGGUCAAAGUGUCUCAAGCGCAGACAUCAUUGUGUGUUUGAGAGCUCUGUGUCUUGUUGUUGUAGGCUUCCCUGCGGUGCUGGUGGGGAUCGUGGUCUCUGUGGAUAAAAACUUGUACGGCCUGCAGGAGUACGGCAAAGGAGAGUCAGGAGAAGGAUCCUCGGAGUUGUAAGUACUUAGAUCUCAGAGGAAACAUAAACUUCUGUGAAACAUCUGAGCAGGAGGUUUUUGACUGUGUGGUUCACCUUAAAUGGAAACAUCAUGAACUGCAUUUUCCUGUAAAAUGUGCUUUACAAAGAGGAUUUAAUUCAUAUACUUAAACAAAUUUAAGGUCAGUGUUAUUUGGCUUGAUUUCUUCUUCCAAGGUCGGUUUAAACUUCGAUCUGUAAAAGUCAUCUCUGCUGCUCUGGAGUCUCAUCAGACUCUGUAAACCGACUGGUCUUCUGUAAAGCUCCACACGUGUAAAUCAAAAUGGAUUUGCAUAACGGUGAGCUCUGAAAAAUUAAGACAUCCCUCGAAACUUUCCCCUGAAGCAACAUGUCGACAUGCAUGGAAACAACCCUGCCUCAGAGUCUGUUGAAAUCUCACUCACCUCAUUCACCUCAAUGAGAUCCUGAUUUAUGGAUCACCUGACAGGCCAUCAAAAGAAAUCAAGCUGCCACAACCUCGCCCAAGAGUGAAAGGCCGUAAUUCUUUUUUACAAGUUAGUAGUAAGUUUUGUUAUUUAUUCCAGUGUCUGUCUGUGUGUCCUCUCUCAGCUGCUGGAUCCAGAAUUCGGUGGUCUUCUACGUCACCUGUGUGGGUUACUUCUGCCUGGUGUUUCUGCUGAACGUGGCCAUGUUCGUGGUGGUGAUGCUGCAGAUCUGCGGACGCAACGGCAAACGCAGCAACCGCACGCUGAGAGAGGAGGUACUACUGCUACUUCACUCGUCAGUUAUUAAUGUUGUUAAACUUUGACUCUUCAUCUUUCAAGUGCGGAAUGCUCAGAGCCAUCUGGUGUUCAGAAAAGCGAGGAUGAGCCGCAGACGAAGAAAAGAGCAAGGAGAGAUGUCAUCACUUCUGCCAGAUUUUUGUUGAGCUGUGAUCUCAGGAGGCCUCGGGCUGUCAUCACUCAGAGCCAUCCACAGAGUAUACAGAAAUAUUUAAUCCACAUCCACAGGAAAAAUUUGCCUGAUCGAUUCACAACACUUAAGAGUCCAGACCCAUGAAUGACCCCUAUGACUAGACUCCCGAGGCUCUGAAGGAGAAGCUGUAGCUCCUGACUCGAUCUCCCUCCAGCAGCUGAGAGGUUCCUCAUGCAGCUGCUGGAAAAAAAAGAGUGUUUUUCAGCUUCACCUUUCCCUGACUGACCAAAAUGUGGUCUUCAAAUAGAUCCAUGAAUCUCUGUUUACUAAUGAAAAAUCAAAGCGUUGAUUUUAUUUGUCGAUUUUACACGACCUUAUGUGACCUUCAGCUCUCACUGGAUCGGUUCACAGCCGAAUGUGAAGUGGCUGGGAUGAGAAUCAGCACCUCCAAAUCUGAGUCCAUGGUUCUCAGCCGGAAAACGGCGGUGUGCCUUUUCCGGACGGAAAUGAGAUCCUGCCCUAAGUGGAAGAGUUUAAGUAUCUCAAGGUCUUGUUCACGAGUGAGGGAAGAAUGGAUUGGCAGAUAGUCAGGUGGAACGGUGCCGCGUCAGCUCUGAUGCGGGCGCUGCACAGAUCUGUCAUGGUAAAGAGGGAGCUGAGCCGAAAGGCAAAGCUCUCAAUAUACCAGUUAAUCUACAUUUCUACUCUCACCUAUAGUCAAGAGCUGUUGGUAGUGACUGAAAGAACAAGGUGGCGACUACUCUUAGAAAUAAGGUGAGAGGCUCAGUCAUCCGGCAGGGGCUCGGAGAAGAGCCACUGCUCCUCCACAUUGAGAGGAGUUAGAUGAGGAUGCCUCCCAGAAGCCUUCAGGCGUUCAGGGCACGUCCUACCGGUAGGAGACCUCAGGGAAGACCCAGGACACGCUGGAGAGAAUACGUCUCGCAGCUGGCCUGGGAACGCCUCAGGGAAGAGUUGGACAAAGUAGCCGGGGAGAGGCAAGUCUGGGCUUCUCUGCUCAGGCUGCUGCGCCCGUGACCUGAUCCCGGAUAUGCAGUGAAAGAUGGAUGGAUGGAUGGAUAUUUUAAUAGCAACUGAAGGAGAAAAAACAAAGGAUGGGAGAUAAACCUUCUGAAGCGUUUGAUCAAGACUAAAACCCACCUUGCACCAGAGUUCACAGCUGUAUUUAAGACUUGAGAGGUACUUCUCCCUUUAUGUGGUAAAAAUUAAUAACUCCUGUGUCAUGGUUUAGGUUCUACGAAACCUGCGGAGCGUCAUCAGCCUGACCUUCCUGCUGGGGAUGACGUGGGGCUUCGCUCUCUUCGCUUGGGGACCAGUGAACCUGGCCUUCAUGUACCUCUUCGCCAUCUUUAACUCGCUGCAAGGUAACAAGACUCACUCAGAACCGGAACCAACACUGUCAGAAAUGCUUUAAUUUAACUGAUAUUAAGUUAGACACAUUUUGGGGUGUUAUUUUUUACACAGCUUUGAAGUCAUGAGAAACCGACUAAAACUGGCUGUGAGAUGCCAACUAGCUUCUGCUUCUGCCAAAUUUGAUAACGCAUCAUUCUCUGCUGUUAUAAUGUUGCAUCCAGUUUGUGUCUCUGAGCUUCAUCAAGGUCUUUCUAGAUGAACAGCCCCAGGCUUCAGGAACAGCUGAGACUCAAAUCCAGCUCGUUUUGGCCUUUGUUUACAAAGGAGUUAUCAAUGAAGUGGCAGGCAUGAACAGCUACGAUGUGUCUGUUGUCCUAAAUCAAAUCAAAUCCUCUCACCGUUUCUGAUGCUGAAACUGUGACUUUUCUGAACGGAGGGAAAAAGUCGAGCCAAAGACUUUCCAGCUACUCUGAUUGAGCUGCUCAGUCCUUUAGCAUUGUCCUAACAGGCCGACAGAGUCUGACAUCAGGUUUUGAUCGUGUUAAAUAAAGCAGAUCUUCAGCAUGACGAGGCUCAUUGUGAAGUCAGCUGAUUGUGCACAUUUUUACUUAAAACCCACAAACGAAUCAAGAAUGUUUGAUUCAUCUCAUUAUAACACUGUACACAUGAAAUGUUGGUUUAAGAAACUUUUUUUUUGCACAAUAUUCAGAAGUUGGAAAAACCAAAUCUCUGUUUUCUGAUUUUAUUUUCCAGGUUUGUUCAUAUUUAUCUUUCACUGCGCUCUGAAAGAAAACGUGCAGAAGCAGUGGAGGAGAUACCUCUGCUGUGGUCGAUUCAGACUCUCAGACAACUCAGGUACAUGUCUGUCUGUCUGUCUGUCUCUCUGUGUUUGUGUGUCUCGGGUAGACCCUAAUCGUUCACAUCAGAACAGUAGAGCAGAUUCACGUCUGUCCACAGGAGUCCUGUCAAAUCUGUCUGCAGGACUUCUGCCAGAUUCCCACAGCAGCCGGAAAAAAACUCUUUAUUAAAGUUUAAAACCUGAGUCCCUGAGCAGCUUUGCAGCUAAUAAAAAAAGAUAAAACAGAGUUGAUUUUGAAAGAGCAGGAAGUCCUCCAGGUGAGCUCAGUCUGUGCCUGUUCAUUUAGUCCAAGGCACAAUGAGUCUGUUUGUGAUCUUUUGAUGGUUUCAUGCCUGGAAUUCCAGGGUAAGCAUGUUUUUGUGUGAAAGGCUGCGGGUCUUCGCAGGAGUUCAUCAUGUUUUAGUGCAGAAUAUUUGUGUAAACACAUGCAUGUAAUCAAGCAUGCAGAAUUAAUAAUAAAUCAACAAUAAGACCGAGCAAUGUCCUUUUCCUCCGAGCGGAGUGAUAAAGAUCAGAUUUACUGAGUUCUGCAAGAGAUGAGUGGAGAAGCAGAGGGCGAUCUGAGGUCAGAUGUUAUCAAAAAGUUUGAAUAAGUUUAAAUCAGAGCUUCAUAAUAGAGACAUCGGGGUGCCAACUGUUCUCCUACAUGAAAUGAUAAAGCCAAAGGAUUAGCUGCUCUGUCUUUUACACAAAUCAAGUGGGACAUUUUGUGUCGAAUUUGUCUUUGUCCUGAGUUUCACCCCUAAUCUUAUUCCUUUCUCAGCCAGAAGAAGCACUAAAACAUUUUCAUAAAUAAUUUCCAAAUUUUCAUUAGAUUUGGUUUAGACCAAGCGUCCACCCCCAGUUUUGAGAGUGCUGACGACAAAGUCAUCUAGUUUUCUCAUGAACUUCUUUACUAAUUGCAACCAGACAGAUUUUUACGAUUAGAAGAGUCGCCCCCUGUUGGACAUAAAGGAGGAAAGUGGGUUUAAGGUUCUUUCCACUUCGGCUUUAAUUACCAAAACUGAAACAGGGAAAAUUCCUAUGGGGAAUUCUCUGGAUCUUGUCAAUCGCAGACCACCCUGAAUCAGCUCCUUUUGGUCUCUUUAAAUGUGAUUCACUAUGUAAACAUGAUGUUUUGUUGAAGCAGACUCGAAACUCAUGAGGAAACUGUUUACUGAAUCCAGAAGAAAGGAUAUUUACUCGUAGCCUUAAGUACAAUCAGACUUGUUUUGCCCCCUGCUGGGCAUGAGGAGGAAUGCAGGUUUUGGACACUCCAGCCGCGCUGGAUUUGUAACGGAGUUUCUCAGUGUUUAUCCAUCAUUAAAUUUCAUAUUGUAUGUCCAAAAGGUUUUACAUCGAAUUCAACCCAAAUUUCAUAAGGCCACCAGGUUCCAAUGAAAUCAUCUGUUGCACAUCUGUUUCAUGUUACUGAUGACUGGGGUAUAAUUAUCCCUGACAACAUCUGAUGGUGUGGAUGUUUGUAGAUGGGGGAACUCCUGAAUUCGAUUCAGGGAUAUCAGGAAGAGAGGGACAAAGGCAGGGAGAGAAUUACUGAAAGAGAGAAGGACAGGAUGAAGGAAGGAAACUAGGUAAAAGGGAGGUUUAAAAGCACUGAUUAAUUACUUUGUGUGUCUGCUGCAGACUGGAGUAAGACAGCCACCAACAACACCAAGAAGGUGAGCUCGGAAAACCUGGGCAAGUCUCUGUCCUCCAGCUCGUUCGGCUCCAGCACAGCGAACUGGACGUCCAAAGCUAAAGCUACACUCAACCCGUUCACCAAGAGACACAGUAACACAGGUGAGACGCACACAAACACACUGAGAUAUCAGCUGAGGGACAAACAGAGAGCAUUCAGGACUUUGUUUUUAUUAAAGGUUGUGAUAUCAUCUCAUGUUUUUACCUCUGUGUUUGGUGUGUAGAAUUCUCAUCCAAUCAAUAGCAAGAGUGGAGGACCAAUGGAGGUAAAGCUAAAGCUAACUGGCUGUGUGACUUCCUGCUUCAAGCAUCAUGUGAUCUGCUCUGUUUCCCCAAAUGUCUGUGGUCUCCGAAAAUCAAAAUUCUGCAUAAAUAUUUUACAAGAUUUUAAAAAAUAUAUAUAUUUGCAGACAUUUUGGGAAAUUGGCCACUCUGUGUUGUGAUUGGCUGGUCACUGUGAUGUCACGCCAUCCUGUUGCACCUGAGACACUCUGCGUGAGGGGAGGUUAUUUUUUUUUAGUAAUUGUCCUACGACCAAAAAACUACAACUCCACCCACCCAGAGUGUCCCAGGAUGCAGAAACAAGCACGCCUCGAUAGAUGGCAUCCACGCUAACAUCUGCCCCGUUUAACCGUAUGUGAUGUGUUUGUACCUCUAUUAAGGGUUAGUAACAACAGGCUGACACUGUGGUUUGCAUUAGAGGCAGUAAUUGAAGUCAGAAAUAGAGGUCUGAUUUCUUCAAUUAACACCAAAUGUUGGCAAACAUGAGGUCAAAGAACUGUGUUCUGGGUCCAAGUAUUUCUCUGAGCAAUUAAGUCCUGAUUCAUGUCUCACUGGUUUUAGUUACAUCUCACAUCUGCGCACCAAAACACAGACAAACACCCACGUUUUCUUUCAUUUAAAGUUACAGCAAACUGGUUUAAUGUGUCCUGAAUCCAUUAGUCAAAAAAUGUGAUAUUUAUCUACCUGUGAGGCAGCCAGUCCGUCUCAGAGAUCAGAGUUUUCCUCGAAAGAAACUCACGAGCACAUCCCAAAAAGUUUUGUUUUUUUUCCUACUGAUUCUUUUAAUCUGUGCCGUAAGUUUUAAGAAGCAUGACAAAAUUAGAGGCAAAUAAGUGAAAACUCUAAAUGAAAACACUCAAAAUCAAAGCUUCAGUCUGACAUUCAUUUAAACUGUUUCUGUUUAAUGAAAUACUCAUCAUUCUCCCUUUUUAAUUAAAUCAGUAUAAUGGAGAAAAAGUCUCUGGCGAUGAAUCAGCUUUAAACCAAAAUGCAGCCUGCAGUGUCUUCAUAAAUCAUACUUUAAAAACAGCAGUUAAUAAACCUUUGAUGAAAACACUCAAACUUAAAACAGGACUCUAAUAAACCCGACAGGAAUACCAGAGAUUUGGGAUUAUCCCGGAUUACAAAACAGAUAAAUUGGUAUCUUGUUUUUAUUAAAACAUACCAGGGGAGUGUGCAGUUUCUAUGUGUCCUACAAACAGAGUCCUGAAACUUUGUUUUGCUCUUUUUAAAAAUGAGGCAAAAGAAAUAAACAUCAGAUUUUUUUUUCUUUAUGGUCUCAGAGAAAUUUCAUCAUGUGAGCUUCUUUUUUUCCCCUCAUUUCCACAGCUGGGAGGGGUUUUGGUUAUCCUCUGUGGAUUUCCCAGAACAGCAAAAAAACAGGCAUAAUUUUAUAAAUCUCAGAUUUCUGUUGAGUUUGGAACAACACAGGCGUAUGACUCCAUAACAUCUUAUGAAUUCCCUAAACUUGACCAGUUUGUUUGCCUGAAAAAUUUCAAUUCAAUGUUGAAAAAGGACAAAAAUACAGAACAUUAAAAGGCAUCUCAAUACAGAUGGUAAAAGUACCCCAACAAAGACACCAAGGAUGGACCUAAAACUGUUAAUCCUACCAUGAUUCAGAUGCUUGAGUAAAUAUGAACAUCCUCUAUGGUUCACUUAGACCAGGCAUGUCCAGACUACUCCACAAAGGGCCGGUGUGGCUGCAGGUUUUUCUUCCAACCAAUCAAGAGCAACAGUCUGACCAAUCAGCUGUCUGAAGACUGAGAUCAGCUGAUGAAAUGAAUCAAGUCUGGUGUGCUGCUGAUUGGUUGGAAGAAAAGCCGCACCGGCCCUUUGUGGAGUAGUUUGGGCAUGCCUGACUUAGACAGAUUCAAACAGUAACUUUAGAAACAUAUGAAAAAGUAAAAGUAACUUAAACCAGGUACGGAAGGAUAACAGACGGUUAAAUUCACCUCGAAUUAGACACCAACAAGUGCACCUUGAGAAAUACCAUGAAUAAAAGUACCAGGAAACAUGUUCUGGAGGAAACAGAUGCAAUAACAGGCUGUUUUUUUUUAUUUGCUUGAUUAUGGCAGAAGAACAAGAAGCAGGUAUUGAAUUUCAUAGUUAAAGCAUUGAUUGAUGUGUCACCAUCCAAACAUACAAGGGUACCACAACACAGGAAAGGUCUUUGUGAAGAAAAUAGCUAUCGAUACCUCUUAUCUGUGUAUCUGGAGACUUGGACCUGCACAGACUGCAUCCUGAAACAUCUUUAAACAGGCUGUUAUAAUUGUUACAGUCAAGCAGAAGCUGGAGAGUACCUUAAGACAACAUUGACUUUUAAAAGGUGCCUUAAUGUACCUUGUUAUUCAGUUAAAUACUCUUGAGAGUACCAGUCAACACAUGUCCAAGGGUACCUCAAAAAAGAGGCUCAGUGGUGCUUUAAAGACGGCACAUUAGGGUUCCUUAUAACAGGUGAUAACCAGAGAUGGUUAACAGUUGCUAAACAGUCUUAAAGGCGUGCAAGUGUACCUUAACACUGCCACUGAAGGAAGUCUUUAAAGGUAAAAACAGACAUUACAAGCAUCUGUAAACAGGUGCUAAGAAGAGCUGCAAAGCAAACCUAAGAACAGAUGCUCAAGGGUACCUAAAAGCGUAGCCAAACGUUCCUGUCAAUAGAUGCGCUGUAACUUAGUGUACAGGAAGCUGAAUCUACCUUCUGGUGUGUUGAGGGUAAACAAGUUGAUGAGACGGGGAACUCAUCCCUGUGACCUCAGGGGUUUCUGGGAAUCUGCGCGUCACGGAUGUCAGGGUGUGCUGCUGUAAAUCUCGCCUCGUGGUUUCUGAGGCAGAAGGUUUGUGGACCACACAGAUUCCUGAGGUCUUACAUUUCGCUGUAUCAGUGUAGCGAUAUAUGUCUAAAUGUUUUGGUGUGUGUGUGUUCCAGGCCCACAGGAAUGCAUGCACUUGCCUCCAUAUUUCACCGCACAGAUUUUAUUAUUUCAUGAUGUUUAUACUCACGUUCUGCACUGCAAACAAACUUGUGGUUGAACUUUGGUGUUAUUGCAUAAACACGCUUAUCUUUUGUUCACUGCUUAUUUGCUCUGCAGAGCUGCUGCGGAUGUGGGCCUUAUAGAGCUGGUCAGGGCUCUCAGAGGAGCUUUAUAAAGUGCUGAUACAUGUUAACUGAAAAAGGAGAAUUUAUUGUUUAUUGAUAUCUUGUUUUAUUAUAUUCUAUUCAUUUGAAAAACCACCUUCAGGAUCCAAAACCAAAAAAGCUUUCAUAGAUAGAUGAGGAGUUUGCUGUGACUGCCAGUUUCAAACCAACAUUAUUUCUAUUUUCUUGGAUAAAACUGUUGGUAGAAUAAAGUUAUAAAACUUGAGCUUGAAGAAUUAUGUUUUCUCCAAAGAGAUGAUUAAGAAAUAAAACUACUGCUGAGCUGAGAGUCUUAUUCCCAUAUCUGCCCUUAACGUGUCAUUUACUCCAGAGAGGAGUGUCCUACAUGGAUGUUUAUGACUUGCAAAGAAGGUCAAUUACACCACAUGGACUAACAUUUCAUGGAGAAUUUUCGUCUCUUUCUGGACUGGAAAUGUUUUAAAAGCAGCUGCUAACUUCAGGUUUUCUUAGAAAGAAAAUAUUAAGAAAAUAAAGAGAAAAAAAACUCCAAACUCUCUUUCACCAAGGUUUUAAAUUUAUACUAUUAUUAGAGAUGUUUGGAAACUGUCACUAUCAUUCAGUUUAUCAGGUGAAAAUAUACAUCAUUACCAUUUGGACCAAUGUUAGCAUCCCAAAGGUAAUAAAAAACGAAAAAGAGAUUUAAAAAUGGGCCAUAAAAAACAUCUGAAGAAUUUCUUUUUGGAAACAUUUUUUUCUGAAAGCUCAAGAGGUAAAACUAAAUUUGAAGCUGCCUUACCUGCUCAGUCCCAGGGUCUCUUGUAGCGCCAUGUUCUGAGCACUAUAAUUCAACCCUAAUUGAACCUUUUUUGGAUGUUUCCGUGGUACGUCCCACCAGACGAAGAUCUUGGAUUAGACCUGUAAUGUACCCUAAAGGAUUAUGUAUCUUCUCUUGCCCCAGAAUCUUCAAGGGGGAGUUGGAAAAGGUUGUUGAAGAUGGGGAUGUCAGGGUCAGCCCCCACCCAUCCAAGGUGGAUAAAUGAAUCAUCUUAACUGGGGCUGGAAAGCCUGACAAUUUUGUACUGUAGAUUCAACAUCCUUAUUCAAAUCCCCCACUUUUUAAACAAUGUGUCAGGAAGGUUGUGAUAAAAGGUCCUAAAAGUUUAGAUUUAUGUUUUUAAUGAAACUGUAGUGGAUGUAAACUUAUGACUAGAAAAUAAGGUUGUUGUGUUUAUGUAUUUAUGUAUUUAUUUAUUUAUUGUUAUUUACGUACAUAGUGGUGUCAUCGGCGUCUAUAGAUAUCAUAUUGGUUAAACAUUAAGACACCUAGCCUUGAUCCUUGUGCUACACCAAACGUGUUUUUCACUGUACCGAUCAUAUGAGGAUCAAAAGUAUCAAAAUAUGUCAAACUUCAUCCAUAUGUGAAUAUUUUAGAGGAUAUUAAGACCAUGCAGAAUGUUUGAAGAUUUCUGGAAAACCAUUUCUCUGAGGUCUUUAUGGAUCCACGUUUUUUGGACCCAAGAAACCUUAAAGAGGAAACAGCAACAUUGGCAGCAGCGUGAAGCGUUUCUGAUUAGUGAACAGUGUUUUCUUGCCAGAUAAGCUUUCAAAUUUCUGGAUUGAAUUUUCUUCACUUCACUUUAAAUUUAUUUUUUUAGAGGCAUCCAUCUUUUUAUCUUAUCAUAACUUAACCUUAUCCUAAAGAACGGCUCUCUUAUCAGCCCUGCUUACAUUAUUUCUCAUUUGUCACCCAGUGACUCUGACAAUUCAGCCAAAGACUUCACCGAAUGAAUAAUGUGUCCUGUAUUCAUGAAUGCAGCUGAGAGGCGCUAGUGAAGUGCACUUUGUCUGAGUUCCAGACAGAUUUGACCUCAAGGAGACCCCCACAUUCAGACUCUGGAGUUUAUUGUCUGAGCUCAGCUUGAGUCUGUUUUGGGAAACUGGGAAACAGUCAGACAGAUUUGGAUGCUUCAUCUGAUUUCCCUCCAAUCGUGACAGACCAACCGCUGUCACACUCUGGCUCUCAGUCCGAGCCUUUGCAGAUCCUAAGAAGUUUAUCAGUCAGUUAAAGCUUGUUCUAUCAGUAUCUUCCAUAUAUCAGCAUGUUUUUAACCUCUUGACCCCAAAUCACUUAUCCACCCACGCUUCCUGAUGCUGUUCGGCAAGCUAUUUAGUACAAGAAACUCUCGCUGAGCAGUUUCUCCGAUAUCUAAUAAAGAACAUCUACAUCAUUUAUUUCUACAUAAAUCUACAAACAAUAACCUUAUCCCAAACCCUUGUCCUCCCGUCACACCCACUGUGGUCACUAAUCCAGAUUCAACAUGAUAAGGUAGCAGAUUUUAGGGUCUAUCAAAGGUGGGGUAGGCAGGAUCCGAAGAAGUGCCAGUUUUUGGGAGAAAUCUUGAAUGUAAACUCUACCCCUCCCUCUCUGCUUCAGCAAGCCCCGCCCACAAACAGACACUCCUGCUCGCUUGUACUGUUCCAAUUAAAUUCAGAUAUAAUGCAGAUAAAUACUUCAGAUAAUUACAAAUGGGGCCCAGUCAACGUGAAAGUAAAAAGCAUUGGUGCUACUGUAGAUGCCAACAGACUACCAGCAAACACAAUGUUUUCAGGACUUCUAAAACUAGGAUAAAGUGACAUACUCCAGGACCCGAGGUAAACAGUUUAGCGGCGCUGCACGCAGCAGUUUCCCGAUUGACAAGAAACACAGACACUCAGAUUACUUUGUUAAAGUGGUUUACCUGUCCAGCAUAAAAGUUACAGGGUCCGUAAGAUCCCGAAGCGUUCACUGAUGUUGACUUGGCUUUUAAGCUCUUGUCUGGUUGGUCUACCUCCUUUUUGAGCCCAUUAUUCCGCCAGAGUCUCUGGUAUUUACUUCGUUUUCUUGCUUGUGUUGGGUCCGCCUCAAAACCCAUCAGGUUGGAGGAGGCGGAGAAUGGCUCUCUUUUAUAAUUAGAAAGAGUGGGCUGCUCACAGACAUAACAAAACACAGCGAUAUCAUUAUAUUACCAAAUGUCAUCAAUAACUAAUAGCUAUUGACUGAUAUUAAAAAGCUUUUUUUUAUAUACACCACAAAAAGAUGCUUCUUUAACAGAUUCCUGCCUACCCCACCUUCAAGAGGUUCCCUGUGGUAUCCGGUACCCUGAAUGGUUUCUACGACGGUCUGUUUUAUACUUGUCCCAUAUGUAAACUCUCCUCUUUGAUGUUGUUUUAAGGGUAAAUUCUUUGGCACCAUUUCAAAGUAGUAUUCAAGGUCCGUUUAAAGGUACUCUGUUCAAAAAGUCAUUUUUUUUUUUUAAUUAUUUAAGGGGAACCUUUAAGCACCUAUUUCAAAGUGGUUUUAAGGGUCUGUUACGGGUAUCUGCAUCAGUGUUUUUACAAUUUUAUAACUUUUUAAGGUUCCUUUAAUUAUUUUUGUUAAGCAGUAUCCAGGGUCUGUUUUAGGCUACCCUCUUGCAUCUUUCUAAAAUGUUUAUUUAAUUAUCUCUCUGUUGAAUUUUCUUUACUUUCCUCUUUUAACCCCUUAGCCACUCCUAUUUUAAAGCAGUAUUUAGAGACCGUGUCCAAGUACCACUUACUAUUUAUUUCAAGUCAUCUUUCUUGUGAAGUUUUUUUUCUUCAUAUCCAGCACAUUGGUUUGCAUUUAUUGUUUGACCUCAGUUCUUGGUACUCUUUCUAGUUUUUAUGAAGGACGAUUUUGCUUAUUUCCAAAGACCUCCUCAGUCUUGGUUUUGGGGUCUCUCUCCCUCAUACCUGGUCUGUUUGAAGUUACCCAGCUGCAGUCUUUUGAGCUGUAACCAUGAGCAUCUGUUCUCAUAUAUCCUUUUCCCUGUGUUUGAAGGUGUCUUCAAGGAACAGUUUUAAGAUACCUUUAGAGUCUGGUUCUGGACCUCCUUUUCUUUGUUCCAUGUGUGUUCAGGUCUGGUUCUUGUUUCACGGGUUUCUUUUAACAUCUGCCUCAAUCGCAGGUUUUAAGGCACGUAUUUCUGUUUUGAGGUCUGAUAGCAGUUUGGUCAGUUGUACUAUUAACUAUAUUUUCUUUGGUCUUUUUUGAGUCAAAGUGCAGCCCUCUGUUUGGUAAGGUCUUGGCAGUAAAGGCUUCUUGGUUACUCAACCCAAUGGUGAGUUUUUGUUCUUUCAUUUUGGACUCCGACCACUCGCCUCUGGGUGAAUUUCCAUGUUGUAUUUCCCACUCUUUGCACUCUUUGUUGGUCUGUCCAACAUGUCACUAACCCUCCAAUAUGCCUGCUGUGAAAAAAGCUUUUCAAGUCUGAUUUUGCAGCUGAUGGAUCCAAAUUGGCUCAUGGUUUAGAAACAAAUUGCAGUCUUGAAAUUUGAUUACAGAGAGUGGCCAAUAGAGCUCAAUUUUAAGCCCUGGUAAGACUUCUCUGGAGGGAUCAUUCAUUACCUCAGCGGAUGUGGAUCAGCACAGUCUGAUGCAGGUUAACAGCGUGUUGCUGGCAGCUAUCUUGGCGAUGUCUGAUAACUCCUGAAAUGGACUGGUUUUGUUUAGAGUUUGAGUGACUGUUUCACUGAGUUUGAGGUUUUUGGAAAUGUGGGUUGUACAUUUUUAUCUGGUUAGUGUUUUCUAUUGUUGUUUUAAGAUUUUGGUAUUUUGUCUUCUGUUUUUUUCUUUUUUUUUUUUUUUUAACUUUAAAGGUGACACGUCAGUGCUCAAACUUUACAGGCACAUUAGAAAACAUUUAAAAAUAAAGCUGAGCAUCAGGAAAGUAAAUUAAAGAAAAUUUGCCAUUAUGAAUACGUUUACACUUGCCCGGCUAGUUUCAUAAAUGGACAUUUAACCCUCUCCGUUUACAAAAAUAAACUGCGUGUACACCACUACGUUUUCAGGGAAGUUUUCGUCUACACUAACCCGUGUAUAUAUGCCUUUAAGAGUAUAUCAAACAUGUAGGUAGCAGUGUAGCGAGAGGCUCAAGACAACAUUAGCCAAUCAGAAUCCCGCGUGGCAGCAACAACAACAACAGCCUCCCUUCCUUCUUUCCUGCACACAAUCUACCGUCUGCUACCCAUAUCUCAGUUUUUCUCCAUUUUUCUCAAAAUUUCCACCAUUUUUCUCCGUUUACAUGCAAACAGAAUUUUCUAAAAUCUCCACUCUGGCCGGAGGUUUUAAAAAGCAUCAUUUUCAGGGGCCAAUUCUCCAUUUGCGUCUAAACAAAAGGUGUAAGCGACGGUUAAUGUCUCAGUUUUUAGAAAUAACAUAUAAACGGGGCCUAUAUGUUUAUUUUAUCUGCUACAUGAGGUCAAAUUGAGAUGGUGCAGUGCUGGGCAGUUUACUUUGGUCUUUCCUGGAGAUGGUGAGGGAAAUCAUCUCUGAGCAGAGUCAGGUGUGGGAGUGCCUGAUUGGUUCGAGUGAGAUCAGGUGUGGGAAGGUGAUAUAAGUCCUUGACCGGUUCAGAGUGCUGGCUCACUGUCUCUUCCUCAGAUAUUGGGAGAGGAUCUUUCAAGAUAUGACUAAGCACUCAUCCUUUGUAUGAAGAGUCAUCUGUUCAGUUUAGACCAGGUUUUAGAGACUGGGUCUUUAGAGUCUCCAGUGUUUUGAUUGUGUCCAGUCCCCCUCCUUCUGACAGGUCCAUCAUGAGCUUUUAUUUUGAAAGCAAACAUAUAGACAUUUCUUUAAAGCUUUAUUUUCACACUUUAAUAAUGAAGAUCCUUCCUGACUUCUAUCUGCAUUAUUAAAUAUUUGUCUCAACUUUUACUUCUCUGGAGUAAGCCACAUAAAAGUGUCACUCAUUGGUGACUAAGAAAUCAACAUUUAUAGAAAUUAUAAAGGCUUUUUUGUAAAGCACCCGUGUUAUCAGUCUGAGACCUUUCAGUCCAUUUUUAUGGCUUUAAUUCCCCAUAUAAUAUUUUGGGGUUUAAGUAGCUUAUCAGAUGACUGUAACAGUAUAAACUGUUUUUAAGGUUGCUGCAGGUGUGUCCCUUAACUUUUAGUCAAACUCUGCUUUCUUUAAGGGCAUACCAUCAUUCAUACAGUGAAUAAUAGAUACAAACACAUUUCUCUUCUUGGCCGAGAAAUUCCUCCUCAUAAUAUAAAGUCAGUGAUCCACGAAGUUCUCCCUGAUGCCAAACAGUCACUGAGCUAAGUUUGUGCUGUUUCUGGACCAAGACAAAGUGAGAUAUGAUGAGAAAAACAAAGAUUGUUCAUAAUUUGAGAGUUUGAAUGAUGCAGCUUUAAACUUUCCUGUAUAAACACGGUAAGAUGAGUUUUCUGGUCUCUGAAGCUCUAAUUUAUCUCCAUCCCUGGGCUCUUCACGUCUGGACUUAAAAGCUAAAAGGGGGCUUUUCUUGGCAAGGUGUGGUGUAAAAUUAAAAGGUCAUUUAUCUCCUUUAGAUAUCACAGCUGCUAGAAAAGUUUAAGAUCUUAAUAUGAACCAGUUUUCUGUCAGCGUUUGGCAGAAUGAAGCUUUACAAAACGCGCUGAAAUAAUGACCUUAUAGUAGACUUCAUUAUCCAGAUCACAGGGUCCAGCUUUGCUUCUCCUAACCUGUGUGAUGGGUUGAGUUUUAACACUUAAUCAUUAGUAAGAGAGCAUAUGGAGUGUGGACUGUCUUCUGAUGAGUAUAUUCCAGCCAACACAGGUUUGGGUAACUAGUCUUUUAUGUGCCAUCUAAACUGUCAGCGGUGCAUUCAGCCUGAUUUUCUGCACCUACUUUGAUCCAAUGUUGGUCAAAUCCAACUGCUGGGUCACAGAUUUUCCAUGCAGCUCUCAGUCCCUAAUCCUCCAUUUCUAUUUCAAAAAUGCUCAGUUUGUGCUGCUAACAUUAAGCAGAGUAAUGCCAGCUAUCCACCAGCAGACUUUGAGAAAAUUUUAAAAAGAGUCCUGGAAAACUAUCAGCUCAUACCUGCUCUCAUCUAAAGACAAGUGUUCAGAGUUUUCAGUCACAGCCUAGUCUCAGAUGGAGAAUUUACAAAGACUGUGAAUCUUUCAGGGUUACUAUUUACAAGACUACAACUAGAUUAUUUUUGUAUAUUAUGUAUAUACAUAUUUUGUAUAUAUUAUUUUUUUUGGGGGGGACACAUACUGAGUCCCAGGAAGCGCAGAAAAAAAAUUCUUGUUGAGGUGUGGUGGCUUUAAUUUAGCUGUGGUGGUGCACCAUUACAUGUAGGGGAAACCCUGCAGUUGAUGUUGAAUAGGCAAGUCUGAUCUGCCCAAAGCUCCACUAUCUGCUCUUUUUUUAUUGCCAGUAAUUCUUCAGAGAUUCUUGUUCUUAUUUUGACUGUCAGGUUUCCUUUUCCGCUUUUGUUAGAGCUCAUCGAUUGGUUGUUGGUUGUGUUACAUCACUGCGACUUGUGAUAAUACCAAACACUGAUAUAGACUGAUAUAAAACAGCACAGAUUACCAUCUUCAAUUUAACCAUCAAGAUGACGGGAGUGUGCUGUGACUCUGUUGUGACUCCAGUAAAACUCCAAGAUUUACUUAAGACUUUCAGUUUUUAGUCUGGGACUCUGUAAAUAGUUUGGUGUAUGCCAAGCCUAACUGGAUUCAACGCCAAAGGAAUCUGAUGUUUUCUGUGUUUUUAAUUUUGUCUCAGUCUUGGUAAGAAGUCAUUUUCUCUUUCUUUAAAUGCUCAUCUGGAUUGCAGGACCAGUCUUGCUUCAUUAUUGUAACCAAACGUUGUGAGCUGAAAAGUAUUUGUCCAAGCUCUGGGGAAAUCACAGCAAAUCAGCCUCAAAAGUUUUGCUAACCAGCAGCACAAAAAGUUUCCUAAAUGGCCACAUUUGCCGCUGCAAUAAAACUCUGUCUCAAUUCUGACACAUCGUAACACAACCAUCAGCAAGAUCAUUUACCUUCAGUUUUUUUACCACUCUCAAACUCAGCCUUGGAAAGAGAUUAAUCUUUUUUUUGUGUGUUAACAGUGUUAACAGGCUGAGGAGAAUAUGUCUCUUUUUAUGAGAAAGCUGUUCCUGGUUUAGGUUUGGCUGCUUUUCAAACAGCUAAAUCCUGUCCUCGUGUGAAACUUUAAACUGGAAGAUGGUUUUACAGUGACCAUAUUCUGAAUCCCCCAAAAUGAGGACACGACUACGCAGGGGCGGAGUCACGGAGUCACACAUAGUUAAUUUUGAGAGUUCUGUGUUUUAUACACAUUUCUAACUCAGUAAGUCCACGCAACACAAACUCAAAACUUUCGUACAAAACCCCGGACAAUUGAAGGAUUUUCUAAACUCCCCUGGACAAGGCCAGACAGUCGCCAAAAAAGAGGAUAUGUCUGGGUAAAAGAGGACGUAUGGUCACUAUACAUGGUAUUGAAGUUUAAUAUACAUCAAUUAAACUAUAGCACCACUCUCUGUCUCUCUGCUGCUUUCACUGCAGAACUUUAUGUAUAUCUUGGAAAGAGACAAUAAGGCAAGAAACAUUUCCAUCAGAGAGGUGAGAGCAAAGCACACAGCUAUAAAGAAAAUCGAAACCAUGUUAAGAGAAGCCUUAAAGCUCCCAAAGGGCCUAAAAUACAGAGACAGGUUGUUAUCUACAGUCAAUUAAGUCCUCCCUAUCCAUCCUUCUGAUAAGUUGUUGGUAUAAAUAGUGAUUUGUGGAGUUUUAAAAUCUUAGAUGUCAAGUAAAAGACUAACCGAUCCAUAAAUCAUACUUGUUUACCAAUGAGCAACAUCUGUAGAUCCUAUUAACCGAACACAGGACACGGCCUGCUUCAUCUGCUCUGUGUCUGUAAAACAAGACCACAGAGUGUGUGCUCUGGUAAGACUAUCUCGAUGUAAAGUUUCCAGAUGUGUCAGGUCAAAAUAUCCAUGUUUUCGUAGACCUGACGCUCUGAGGUCUCUAAUGUGGCAACACUUAAACUCUCAGUUCCUGUUGCUGUCCUAAACUGCACCAACAGUGUGGGUAAACACAGCAACACAAACAAACGUCUUCUUUCCAAUCAGAGGGGAUUUAAAGGUCACAUUUACUGGACAGACUCUUGUGUGGAGCCAGGGGCGUAAUCGGAGCUGUCAUAAUAUGCUGUGAUUGUCCAGGAAGUCGUGACUGUGGCUGCGGCCAGAAAACAACUAUUUCAUGACCUUGUGACUUUUUGUUGCACAGGGACACUGUUGGGAAGAGUCUGGAAAUUAUAGAAGUAAACUGAGCAAGACAACUAAUAUGCGUUUUGUUUACUUAGGCUCACAUAGAGUGACAGAGCAGCGAUGGAGCUCCUUUUUCAGGCCAAAGAAGACUUGAGCUGAAUGGCAUGAAUCAAAGACGAGCUAAAUUAUUGCCUUCUUUUCAAAAUAAAACUCAACUUUCUGAUCGCGUUAUUAGACCUCCAAAACACAGAGGGGCUUAUGCUUGAUUUGCCGAAAAUGAUGUGCGUUCUGCCUCACUGCUUUGGCUGAGUUACCAACAUAGACGUCCAAACUUUAAAAGCUGCUGGUAAUGGUCCAUAUAUCAGCAAAUUAUUGUAAAUUAAUCUAAAAGACAACAGGGACUCUUAAAAUUACAGGAACAAGGAGACAAACCCUGAAAAUAAACCUUCUUCUCACAAUCGUCCAGCAGCAGAUGCAGCAGUGUUUGGUUAGGUUGGCGUUCCUGUCCUCUGAGUCUCAGCGGGUCAGAACGCUUUCGAUAAAUUUCCUCUUUUAUUGAGGAGAUUAUUGGCAGCUCAGAUGGUCCAGGUUUGAUUAUCUACAUGAACAUAUCAAAGGCACCAUUGUGACACAACGCUCCAAAGUUUGCUCCAAAGCCAAAAAUGUCUUUGUGGUGAUAAUGUGGCCUCCCUGAACUUGCUCCAUGCUCAAUGCAGUGAAGGAGUUUAGAGGAGUGUCCACAAGGAGAUGAUACUAGUGAUGUUAUUUGCCUCAUAUUCUGUAUUUAAUAAUACCUGACUGGAGUUUGAUUUUAUACAACUCGUAUUUAAGUGAAUAACAGGAUCCUCUUUAGAAAACUUCAUCCUGUUUACAUUGGCGGCCUCAGCAGUGAAAUGAAGCUAACCAGGCAUCUUGGCUCAUCACAAACUGCACGUAUAACAUGUUUCCAUAUGCCUCCAGUCCCUCUCUAUAAUAAACCAAAACAGGAAUCCAGAUAAACCAAUGAGGAUAGCUGAGAUGCAUUGCAGUAUAACAUAUCCAAACAUAUCCUCAUUUGUAGAUGUCUUGCUUCAUCAGCUUUUCAGUGAGUGGAAAAAAAUAAACAAUCCUUUAUACACAGAGAUGCUGCAGUGACAUUAUCCAGACUGGCUUUGGCUGACCGGUUGUAUUAAAAAGUUUUUGUUGACUCCAGAGCUUUUUUAUUGCACAUAAAGAAAGCAAACCAACCUGAAAAACGUUGAACAAAAUCAACUAGACAAAUCCCAGACCGCCUGGCAAACUUGAAGAGACCCAAAAACCUGCUUUGCAUGAUCACCCAAACUGCUCUGCACCCAAUAAAGCUGUCACACAGAGGGAAACAUGAGGCAGCGUUUCUCCUUCAGAUUGGAGAGCUGAGGUGGAUCUUUGCCUUCAUUGUUUGUCUGAGGCUGUAUUGGUUUUCAGGAUCAAACCCCAAAUACUUCCAGCCCGAUGGAGCUAACUCGCAUGUCGUCAUGAGACCUGAGCAUGGAAUUUUAAUGUAAUAACAACAGUGAUUUAUGUGAGAGAGGAUGGUAUGACUUGUUCCUGCUCAAACCUUUGAUAUUUGGUCAUUUAUUCUCUUCAGCUUGUUAUCUAGUAACGCGGCUUUGACCUCUGUUCAGUCAGUGUCAGGUGUUCUUUCAGCCACUUCACCCUGCUGGUACAUUUUCUCAGGGACGGUUAAUUCUUGAUUUAUGGUGUGGUAUUUGGACCUGUUGGUGAGGACGUUUCCCUUGACUUACUGCGGGUCCCCCUUCCUGUCCUUUUGAACCACAGGAAUGUUAUUAUGAGCGAUGGGUAGAAUCCAAAUUAAGAUAAAGGUCUUACCAUGAGCUCAUUUUCAGGAAACAAAACAUUAAAUACAAACCUGUUUGGGGAUUCAUACCUUUGUAAAAUAUGGUCAUGGUUGUUAUACCAAACUGUAGGAGCCAGAUAUAUCCACUCAUAUACACACACAGCAGUGCAGAAUAUAAUACCUGCAGCUUGUUUGAGAAGUUUUGCUCCCUCUCACGUUUCUCUCUAACUUCAAUUUCAUGGAAUUUUAAUUCAAACAUUUCCGUGUAUCUGUAUCUAUGUAAAUAAAUCUGUUUUUUAUAUGAUAACCAUGAAUACCUCUGCUUAUGUUAAUGUUUCAAACAGGUCUUCAAACAUACUGCUUUAAUUAAAGCUGUAACACGAGGGGCGCACCAGCGCUGUUUGAGUUUGGAGCAAGACUUCUACUUGACUGUUAAACCUUGAGCGUUGAUAUUAUAUGACUGUCUGCAACUUUACACCACAAGAGUCCUUGGUUUGAUGAUUUAAAGAUGGUGAAUACUUUGUUUAAAGUUAUAAUUCUUGGCUCUUUCUUUGUCUCAAUGCAGAUAAAUGUUACUCCAGCCCGAUCAGCCCAAAGUGCGUCACAUCGUCCCCUUCCUCCUCAGUGGUGGAGCCCAACUCUUCCUCCUCCAUCCUCCCUGUCAGCCAGAUGAUUGACAAGGUGAAAGGUUACUGCUCCACACGCACUGACAACUUCUACAAGAACAUCAUCAUGUCCGACAGCUUCGCCCACAGCACGAGGUUCUAG